AUGACCUCUCAGAAGCAGAGUUUGCAUUCCUUUACCUCGAUUCUGUCUGUUUUGUCGAUUGUUUUUUACUGCGCCGGUCUUCUCAGAGUAGAAUUGGAGCUGAACGAACAGAAGAAGAGAAUAAACGCUCUUGAAAACAUUGAGAAGUCUAAGCCGUCAGACGUUCCCAACCUUCACAAGCUAACGAAGAGUGUUGCCGGUAAGUUUUUGUGAGAUUAAGCAUUGGAUGCUUCUCUAACAUAAUUUGUAAUUUUCACUUGUUUUGAUAUGCCUUAGUUUUCUUGGGAAGUAAAUCUUACGAAUCCAGAGAAUUUUAUUCUGUCUUUGCGUGUUUCAGUCUCCAGGAAAUAUCAAACCGAAGGUGACCAGGUCACAUCUUUUCUUUAUAAAGAAGUAGUAUUAAAAUUAUCGGCAAAAAAGAUAAUCACAUAUCAAAAUUUUUUUCGUCAAAACCACUUGCUAAUCACUAUAUUUUUCUAAUCUUAUUACGCCCCCCAAAAAACAAAACAACAACAACACAGACCAAGUGUUAUUUUCAGCAUUUUCUAGUUGUAGAAUCCAAUACCUUUUCGAGAAAGAAAAACUAAAAAACUCUUUCAAAUCGUUAUGCAGGCACAAAGUACAGCCGCGGAGUCAGUUUUGCAGUUUUUGUUUCUGCUGUAAACGUCAAUGGCCGUAUUCACACUAGAGACGGAUUAUCCGUCUGAGACGGGUUAUCAGUUGGAUAAUUCGCGUCAGGCAGAUAAUACGUCUUAAUUUAAAGAUGGAACGGUCUUAAUUUCAGAUAAACAAUCCGCCUAACUUUAUCCAUCUGUUUUUCUGUCAAUUUUGACGGAUUUUGAAGAUGGAGUAUCCGUCUCAGACGGAUCAUCCGUCUCUAGUCUGAAAACGGCCAAUAAACGAAUUUCUGGUGAGGUUUUUUGUAUCUGGCAUACAAAAUGAACAUUUUUCACAUUUUUGGCGAGGAAAUAGCUCGAAACGAUCACGUAAUGGAUAAUCUUUAACAGGUAUUCAAAAGUUUGUGGAGACCACUACUUUCAACUCUUCACGUAAUGAAAAACAUCAUUUAUCUUUUAAACGACUCAAGACAAAUCUAUGUAGCCCGACAUGUCAUCAUCGACCGGCUUGCAUUAUUUGAGUCGAUUAAAAAGAAAAGAAAAAAAAAAAGAUUAAAAUCAUUCUGUGAGAGACGAAAAAACAAACGAAACAACUUUACCCCUAGAUGGGAUAUAAAGUGUUCACCCAUAAGGUUGAUUUCCACUGGUGCAUGUUUGGCUACGCUCGUUAACGGACGUAAUAAAAAAUGCUGAGCUUAAAGUGCCCAUCACCUAAAAUUUAUAUUUUCUUAUCUGAAACUAUACCUUAUUAAAAUAACUUCUGCGGAAAAAUUUUGCAGUUUGAACAAAACGCGAUUUUUUCACCAAUGUUUGAAGUCUACAUUUUUGCGGUACACCCGCGCCGCUGAUCAUGCAAACUAGCAGGCUCACAUAUGACGUAAAUUAAGGAACUUGCAUCACCUUACCUUCACCACCUGUGCACAAAAAAGAUAAAUAACAAGUAAGGAUUGAAUCACAAUGUCUUCGCAAGAAGAUAGGUUUUCCUGAAAAAGAAAAACCUAUCAGAACUCUUAAUGUUUUCCUGUCGAUAAGGUCACGUGUUCCUUAAAGUACGUCAUAUGACGCCAUACUCCGAGAGAAGACUAAGACGAAUGAUGUGCAAAAAUGGCGGCAAAUUUGAACGUUUUUAAAGAAUUCUAAAAAAAUCGUCUUUGGCUCAAAUCGAAAAUUUUUUUCGCAGAAGUUAUUUUAAUAAGGUGUAGUUUCAGAUAAGAAAAUAAUACAUUUUAGGUGAUGGGCACUUUAAACGAGAAGUUGAGUGAGCUUCAACUUUUACGCUUACAAGCGCCCUUUCUUGCAUUGCCUUUACGCAUGUAACGCAAGUAAAAAAUACGCGACACUGGAAAUCACCCAUCGGAGAAACAAUUAGUCUCCUCACUUGCACAAACUGGAAAAAUAAACAUUGUAAGCAGUGUAACUUUUUUUGUUUGUAUGGAGCAAUAAUUUUUUGGUUUUGAUUUUUUUCUGCGAUCGUUUCUUUCCUUAUAAAAUGUCUCUCUGUCUGCGCGCUAAGGAAAUUACGUCUUUUAAUAUGGCCGUUGCAGGUUUGCACGGGCUGUAGUCAAAUACCUCGUACGGAAUAUUUGCAGACGUUUUCCUAAACAAGAUGCAUUAAAAUGCAUGGGUCGGGUCUAUUUAAGAGAGGAAUAAUGAGACAGAGAGAGAGAAUCUUAGGGCGUUAGCCGGAAUAUGUGAGUUUCACUAAAAGUUAUUUUUAGAUGUUGUAAUUAAACGCAAGUCUAAUUCCUGAGACGUCCGCACAUUUAAAUCCAUUGUUUGAAAAGUCAUCAAGUCCACGCGCGACUACCUCAAAGCAAACAAUCCACAUUGUUAUAUAGCUGGAAAUUUUUUCCCAUCAGCGCGCGCUCUCAUUGUUUACAGUCGAACCUCUCCACAGAAGGGACAGAGCGAAGUGUCCGUAGUAGAGAGGUGUCCGUAUAAAAGAGGUCAUUACGAUGACGCCACUUUUAUGCCUCCACUUACAGUAAGUGUUCAGUAGCUAAAACCAGGCUCACACUCGUCACAUUAAUUCACAAUACAAAGACACUGCCUUUCAGUAGCACACAACAUUGGACAUCUCAGCUACAGACAAAUUACUGUUUUAAAAUGAAACGAGCCACAGUGCAAUGCUGCACGUAAUGCACAAUUCUGAAAGCGUCUUUCGCUAUUUUGCAAGUGCAAUAAACAGUAACUAUAUUACAAAAUGUAAUAGAAAAGAUCUUUAUGCUAUCUGUAUUUAUUGAAGUCUUCAUAAAGUCGGUUGUGUUCUUCUAAACACCUUUCGCAAAUCGUUGUCUGGUAUACAGCAACUGGGCUUUAUAUCACCUUGCAUACUGAGCUCACCGGCCAAACUAGACUGGAUCCACCCUGUGCAGAUUCACCUGAUCAGGAUUCGGGAUUCACUUGAAUACCGCAGUGGCCGUAAGAAAGAGGUUAAGUUUAUAUGAAUUUACUCUCUGGGAAAGAGAUGUAGUGUACGUUGUCCGUAUUAGAGAGAACCCAUAUUAUAGAGGGUUCCUUUUAAAGAAAACAUUAAUAUGAGAUUUUUGUAGAGACAUUAGAAACUGUCCGUAAUAGAGAGGUGUCCAUACUAGAGAGGUUUCCGUACCCAGAGGUUUGACUGUACUUCGAGGUUACAUGACAACUAACAACGAAAUUGUUUCCCGCCAAAAUCUCUGAGCGGGCAACAAUGCAAAAUCUAUGGUGUCAGAGGGUAACAGUGCAUCUCAAUGUUUUCCGAGGCGUGAGAUUCUCGGGAGACAAAAUUAAAAUCAAGACAAAAUCCCUCAGGACCAGUCGUCAUGUGUUUAACAUUGUGAUGGGAACCCACCAAGAGAGCAUGAUGUCCCAUUAAUGUCUCAUUAUUCUCUCUUGUCAACACUGAAUAAAAGUUUGUCUACGCUCCAGAAAGCAGAUUUCGAAUAAUUUUGAAGCGUGUUACAAUUAGUCUAAUAAUGUCUGGCGAACUUCUCAUAUCCCAAAGGUAGAGACUGAGCGUUUCCCCGCUUUUGUCCCAUUAUUCUCUCUUGGUUCUAUUACAAUAUAUGCAUACCCUUUUCUCCCAGCGGAACAUCCCUUCACCCGCUCUCACCUGUGGCUUUAAUGUUCUUUUCCAGGAAUCAGACCGUAAAAAAAUAUUCUUCCACAGCAAUGUUUCUCUGUCUGCUGGACCCGAUAAUGCAACUUUAGUUUGUCCCUGCUAAUCACAAGGUAUAUUGGAAUGCGCUGUUCUCAACACUUCCAGUUAUUCAUCCUCGGUCUAUGAAUGAAAUGAUUUACAGUUUGCUUUUCUUUCUUUUCACGCACUCCCAGAAAGAUCUUAUAUUUCAUAUUAAGGUAUAUGGCGUACAUUUGCGGACAAAAAUAAUUGAAAAUAAAAGACAAUUUGAAGUUCAAAAAUUAGACUAUCCAUGUCGAAAUCUCGUCAUAGGAAUUUGAAAUCGCAAUGGACGCAGUCGAAAUAGCAUCAUUCGAACUUGAAGUUACUUUGAACAAGUUGAAACUGUAAAGGGAAAACUCGACAUCGCGGAUGUUGAAGUUCAAAUCACCAUUCCAACUAAAAUGCAAAUUACAUGAUUUGAACUUCAAUUCACCUUCUCCGCUCUAAUAAGCCACUUAAUCGUCAACAAUGAAACCAUAAUCUUCCACAGAAUGCCAAAUGAAACCUUUAAUUUGAACUUAAAGUCACGUCACAUAUUCGAAUUCGAAAAAUCAAAAUUUCAAUUCGAAAGGAAGCGGAAGUAAAAAUACACAGCAACCGAGCAACGACUAGGUACGAGUCUACAGAUGGGAGGCUUGGAACCUGAGCUUCCUCAUCUCUGAUGUGAUCAUCGUCAUGGCUGCUCGAUGGCUGCCGAACAACGAAGAGUUUUUCGUUGGACUGGUUAGACUGUUAGAGGCAUCAGAAACUAAUCUAAAUUCAGCAUCAUAUGAUAAUUCUGAAUUUUUAUAUCGUCGACUUGAUGCUCACCAGAGAACUUUGUCAACUCUGCUAACAGUGUUGACAAGCCUACACGACUCCUGCAGUUCGCGGAUGAAUAAAUUCUAAUAAAGCCUUCAUAGCUUAGCUUUAACUAGGAUGUCCUUUAGGGAUUUUCCCUUACGAUAUGAGAUGAUGGGGGCUCCUUAAAGAUUUCUCUCAGUUGCGGUUGAUUUUCUAUAAGGUGCCAUUUCCCCAUGAGUGUGUCCUUUAGGUUAGGCAACGCCGGAUGGUAUUGUGUUACAAAGGGCAGUAUUUUCUUAGGUGCGGUUUUGUUUUUCUGCGCUAGCGACAUUUCUUUAUCAGAGAAUUUAAUCUCUGAAAGGUGUUUUUCUACAAUUCUAGCUGGGUAAUCUCUAUUCUGUAGGCGUGUUUUGAAAUUACUCAUGUUUUCCUCAAAAGUAAAUUGAGAGUAAUUUGUUCUCAGAAGCCUUAACGCUUCUCCUUUUAUAAAGUUUAAGUUUGCUACUACAGCCGUCACAAUCAGUUGGAUUGUCCCAGAGUCACCCUUAUCAUUCACAUUGUCCGCCAUGAGAGUUCGAGUGAAGGGAAAUCUUUUCGCGCCAAAAUGCAGUUAUGCAAACAUCCCGUAUGUACAGUGUAGUGAAACUCUUAUCAUUUCCGGUUCCUGUGUAUUUUUACUUCCGCUUCCUUUCGAACUGAAAUUUUUGUUUUUCGAAUUCGAAUAUGUGACGUGACUUUAAGUUCAAAUUAAAGGUUUCAUUUGGAAUUUUGUGGAAGAUUAUGGUUGCAUUGUUGAUGAUUAAGUGGCUUAUUAGAGUGGAGAAGGUGAAUUGAAGUUUAAAUCAUGUAAUUUGCAUUUUAGUUGGAAUGGUGAUUUGAACUUCAACAUCCGCGAUGUCGAGUUUUCCCUUUACAGUUUCAACUUGUUCAAAGUAACUUCAAGUUCGAAUGAUGCUAUUUCGACUGCGCUCAUUGCGAUUUCAAAUUCAUACAACGAGAUUUCGACAUGGAUAGUCUAAUUUUUGAACUUCAAAUUGUCUUUUAUUUUCAAUUAUUUUUGUCCGCAAAUGUACGCCAUAAAGGUGCUAAUAGGUAAAUAAGGGUUAUUUGGAUUAAAUUGUAGCACUAACAUUGGGAAACACUGUUCUUUGUAGAAUCUGAAUAUGUCAAGCUCCAUAGGAACAAGCGCGUAGCCAAUGCACAGAACACCACGGCAGCUAUAAACACAGUAGACAGGGAAGCAAUUCUGAAGAUAAACAAACUAUUAUCAUCGAUAAACCUUCAACGCUGUUAUUCAAAUGGCGAUAGCUGUCUCCUAGGCCCUCCCGGUCCACCUGGACCGAAGGGAGACAAAGGAUCCCGGGGGCGAAGAGGGAAGAGAGGACCAACAGGAAAUAAAGGAGACCAAGGUAUUUUGGGAUCCCCUGGAAAAAUUGGCAAGCAAGGCAUCAUAGGACCUGUAGGUCCGAAGGGUGAUGUUGGACUAAAGGGACAAAAAGGGGACAUGGGACCUGCAGGCAUGCCGGGAGCUAAAGGGGAACCUGGCGAAUCGAUUUCAGCCCCUGUUGUUGCCGUGUCCCCUAAAACGCUGACAGUUAACGAAGGUGGAUCAGCCUCGUUUCAUUGUUCAGUGAGUGGUAGUCCCAAUCCUGUUAUAGUGUGGAGUAAAACGAACAGACAGUCCAGUCGGUCAAUGGUGUCAGGAGGAAAAUUGCUUCUUAAAAAUGUUCGAGGAAGUGAUUCGGGUACAUACAACUGUUCAGCGGUCAACAAGUUAGGACAGGCGCAGGCACUUGUACAACUGAUAGUAAACGGUAAGAUCGUUAGCAAAUAAAUAAAUUGCUGGCAACCAUUUGCGAUGGUGCUGCUGUCUCCACAUCGUACUUCGUGAUGACAAAUCAUCGCAAAAUGUUGGGGCGAAAAAUAAAUAAAACUGGAUAUGGUAUAUUGCCUUUCCACGCUAUUUAUAUCUGGUCCCAGUUGUUCGAAAGGUGGAUAGCGCAAUUAGUUUUCCUAAUGCCUAUCCACUGGAUAGUAAUUUAUCAUAUCCGGUGGAUAUAGUGUUAUCCAAGGUUUGAACAACCGGGGCCUGAAUUCUGUUGUCAGCUCUACUCUUAGGCAUUUUAUAAACUCACUUCUAACACUAACCUGCUAACAGUUAAAGGGGCUAUGUCAGCUGGAGAGCAUGCGCGCCGAGGUCAUGCAAAUUACUUUCAGCUGUCAAAAUUGACCACUCCAGAAAAUACCAUAACAUACUAUAAUACUCUUUGUUUGUUAUCCCAAAAUUUUGCAUAAGCAUUGUUUUGAGUUUCUCUUGGGGCCAUUUUAACUCCCAAGAGAAACUGAAGACAAUGCUUAUUCAAAAUUUUGGGGUGACAAACAAAGAGCAUUGUGGUAUGUUACGGUAUGUCUGGAGUGGUCAAUUCUAUUGUUUUUAUCGCCUGACUUUCUCUGUCACGUCCAAGGCUCCGAAAUUUACAGAGACGUUUACAAGCAAAUUGGGUUUGGAUAAGAGAUAUUUUGAUAGAUUUUACCGAACGUUUCUUCUUUGGUUAUGCUAGAUCAAGUUCCCUCAAUUUCUUCGUCAAGAAUAAAAGUGUCAAGACAAGUAGUACCAAGUAGCAUUGGUACUACUCCAUUGAAGCAGUCCGUGAAUAAAAAGGGAAAGUAAAGUCUGCCAUUCUCAAAAAAUAUGCUCGAACACAUACAACACAGUCCAAAAACCUGGCAUAAUCACGGGAUCUAACUCGUACUGGUUCCCUUUCUAAGUCCGUUGAGAACAAGCUGGACGAGCAAACGGUCGUGUUUAUCGUUACUUUGAAUCAAGAUAAAUACUUAAUUGAGCACAAAAAAAAAUCCAGGAGCCAGCAGUCGCUAAAAUAACUUAACAGAAAGGUUCUGUGACUGAACUAUAAGGAAGAUUCCAUCUAAGAUUCCAUCACUCAUUGUGGAGUAGCCGUCGUUAAUUCUCUGCCAGUACGACGUUUUCAAGUUUGUUUUCAUGUUUUCAUUGGCUCACGCAUGCGCCAGGGGCGACAGCCCCUUUAAGAACGGCAACUUGGAUUUUAAAACAACACAUGUAUUGACUAGUAACUGAUGUCCAAUUAUUUUUAGGUGCAAGCGCUAAAAAAGACGGAAACAUUUGAAUUUUUAAUUGCUAACGAUCUUCGAUGCCAACUGAAAUUCUUGAUUACGGUUUUAAGUUAACGGUACAUUUUUGUCAGGCGUUCGUAAGUGGAAACGAAAUGAUAUAUAGAUUUAGCCAGGGCUAAAAGCGAAGCUCUGGUUAAUAAUACUUAUAAACAAAAAAAUAUAUAAAUAAAUCGUGUAAUGCUAAACAGGAACUGCAAUGAAAAUGGCAUCAAGAUCAAUACAUCUAAUUAACAAACAAAAAAAAAUUGCACAUGCAGCACAAUCUUUUUUCUUAUGAGCAAAAAACCAAAUUUGCACGUGCAGCACGCUUUUUUGUCUUUCUUUGCCGUUGUUUUGACGACUACAACGCUGUUUUGCACGACUAAAACGUCAAACUUCAUUGUUACACAUUAUUUUUAUGGAGGAAUUGUCGUAUGUGUUUACCCAAUAUUUUGUUUCCUAUGUUCAUGUUCGCUUUUAUUUUUCACCGCCGCUCAUUUUCACGGUGCUGGCCGCUAGCAUUUCUCAUUUUCUCACCGCCGCUUUGAAUUUCCAUGUUUUUCUCCCUACGAAAUUCGUCUCCUUUAUUUUCAAUAACUCGCUCUAGCUCUUUCUCUAUUAUCCACGUUAGUGUAAACAUAAAAAAUAACGACUUUGUUGUUGUUUUUUCUCUCUAAAAGUCCGCGCGGCCAUGUGAUUUCCUUCCAAAUAAAACCUUGAGUUGCAUUUGGGUUGCCAUACCUGUUGAUUGAGUUAUUUUACAUUGGUAUGCCUGUGGUGCGGACGAACGGUCGCUCGCUCGCUCGCUCGGUGUACCGUCACGUGUUUACAAAAUUUUGUCGGAUGGGUAAAUUACCACAUUUCCUUAGUUAUUGGGCGCCGCGCUAAUAAAAUAACUAAAGGAUAUAAGCAAUUUCAGUUUAAGCAACAAUUUUUAGUAAAAAAAAAAUGAUAAUGUGUUAAUUUUUUGGGCAUCAUUAUCAUCAUCUCGUUUUCAAAAGAAGAAGAUGAACUCAUUUUCCAAAGAUCAUUGAUUUUCCUUUAGUCCAGACCAUUUUGAAAACAGUAAUUUUCUUUUAUAGUGAGAAAUGUAGAAUUAGAAUAAAACUAGCACGCGUAGAACGUAUUAAGGAGAAUGAAAAAAAAAUGCAACGUAGUCAAAGCACCUGAAAAGUAGGAAACUUUAAUUUAUUGCCCUGGCAAUAAGGAGCAAGGGUGGCACGGUUGGUUACGGCACGGCCUUCGGUGCACGAGGUUUCAAGUUCGGUUCCCGGUGAGAUUACAUCCUUGUUUCAUUUUCUCUCUUUUCUGUGUAGUUUUAACUAGCUUUAAAUACUCUUAAAACGGAGGAUUAAUGUGGGUUUCUCAGUUAUUACUGUUGCGAGUUAUCGACGUAAAAUAUGGUUGCUUUACUUUUUUUCGCAACAUUGUUAUACUUCUGGACUUUUCAUGUCAAAGUAAAGCUAGCCAUUUGUAAUCAAAGCAAAGUUAGUCAUUCAAAAGAAUUUUCUAUUUGUUGUAGUUUACCCUCGAGUUUCCCUUCAUCCGGGACCUCAUCACGCUAUUGAAGGAAGUAGUUAUACUCUCCCAUCCUGUCACGUGACAGGGUAUCCUGCACCGGAGGUCACUUGGAGAAAGUCAUCCGGUCCAUUACCCCAGGGAAGGGUGAAGUACUACAACAGUGCAUUACAAAUACUCUAUGUUCGUAAAGAUGACUCUGACCUCUACUUCUGUUCAGCAUCAAACCUGUUGGGAAGCGUUGAAAAGAAAACUCUCUUAGUUGUUGUCUCUCCUCCUCGAUUCAUUGUUAAACCACCUGCUAAAGUUUUCCCAGGAGUGGGCAGCACUUUGAUCUUACACUGCAAGGCUAAUGGUGAUCCUCAACCUGUCAUCAGCUGGAAGAAACAAGAUGGCCAACUACCUGCUGGACGAAGCCACCAGCUGAUAAAUGGAACUUUAGUUAUAAGAGACAUAACAAUGAACGAUAGAGGGAUUUACAAAUGUAUUGCACCAUAUGCAAGAGUGUUAAAGACAGAAGCCGUGACUUACACCGAAGUUCAAAAAGGUAUAAACCUCUCCAUUACGUAUAUAACGCGUCAUAACUAUCCCUGACUUCAGUGUUAGGACAGAGAACAGUACAUGCAUUGUUUCAGCUCCUGAUCGAUGUUCAUGUGGUAAAUUCUGUCUGUGAUCAGACUCAAGCAAUUUUUGUUUUUUUCCGUUUUUGUUGCCGUCGCCUUCGUAGUUGCUUAAACUCCGUAUUAAUCUUAUUUUUAAGCUUCUCUCAGCGAUUCCUGAAAUAGCGUCGACUACAGCUAGAGAAGCGAUCCAUAUAACUCCCAAAGCUUUUUUUGUUUCUUUCUUCUUUUUUAAUUUUGAUCGUAUACGUUGCCUCCGAAAGAAAAGUUGUAACCGUUUUUCUUACUAUAGAUUUAGCCAGGGAGGGCUAAAAGCGAAGCGUCCACUUAUAUAUUUUUAACUCAUGAUAAGCUUCUGAGGCUAUGCAAAGACUGACUGACUAACUGAUUUUAAAACAAAAAGAAAAACUUCAAAAUCAAGUUAGAUCGUACUAAUAGUCAUAUAUGGAAAAGAAUUCUGAUCCUUAACUCUGCAUCGCUGAAUCCCCACCUUCUCCACACCUCUUUGAGAAACAAAUAAACCAUGAAAUUUAAUGUGUUAUAAACUAUUAGGCUGGUUGUCAUUGAAGAAACUCCUCCAUUGACUGCGUCCAUUUUACAGUUAAUGUUUCUAGGUCAAUCUUCUCGUCUAUACGCGAUUCAGCCCAAUUUGUAAAAAAAAGAUGAACCGAUUUUUGUGUUUAGAAUAUGCUUCCUUUCUAAAAUUGGACCCGACUAACCGUUACAUAUUAACUUGUCUCUUCAGCUUAUACAGCACAAUAUCUGAUACUCAGUAACCUUUACUGUAAGUUACACUUUUCUGUUUCUCCUGGCGAAAAGACCCAGGAAGGUUGAUAACUUAUUUGCCGGACAUUUCCCAAACUGCCCUUUGCGUUUUGUGUAUUUUAAUGCAGCUAAAUGUGCGCUAGUCUUCAACUAUAAAUUAUAAACGAGACAACUUAUUCCAAAAAGGCGCAGUCCUUUUGGCAAAGUUACGGGCCUGUCGUUAAAAUGAUGCAAUCUUGUAUGUACUCUCUUUUCGCCGAGCAUAAACAAUGUGAUUUAACGUGUAAAAACAGGCGCAAAUCACACGGCAUGCCCUAACCAUUUUCCAACAUAAGAUUUCGGAUGUAAACCGCUGUAAGCCCUGGAUUUUAUAAGAUGUAUACCACCAUGUCGUGUUUUUUCCCGCGAUUUUUAAUAAUUAUAAUGCAUUUUCUUUGUCUCGAACGCGUGACUUUAGAUUGUUGUUCAGUCGGUCACAAAAUGUUGAGCCCAGCGUCGACAUUAUUUCGCGUAGACAAUAUUUUCCUUUUUUCGUAGUUUGAUGGGGUUGCAUAAACAAGUUUUCUAGUAUCAAGUAUCGUAGAUUUAUAUAUGUAUUUGCUCGUGAAGGACUUGUAAAAGGAGCGAAAGAAUUAAACAGGGUUAAACGCAAGGACUGGAAAUUUCAGUCUACCUAGUGUGUGACCUUCUCAUCGAUGUGCACCACCUUCGUUUUAGGAGCUCUCAGCUCAUCCAGCAUUCUUGACAGCCAUGGCAGCAAGUAUCUUGGCAAGUUGAAUUCAUAUUUAGACCCAGUGCUUCAGACUACAGGCCGCAGCAGGUUUGUGAGGUGUUGGCACGCUAAGACAGAUGGUUGGGCGGCAUCAACAUUUCACAGCAACUGUGAUGGAAAGGGUCCCACUGUAACCAUCGUCCAAGUCGGCAGUUACAUAUUUGGUGGAUAUACUGACAAGUCUUGGUCCAAUCCUAGUAAGUAUUAGUUACAUAUCUGAUGGAUAUACUGACAAGUCUUCGUCCAGUCCUAGAAAGUAUUAGUUACGUAUUUGGCGGAUACGUUGACAUGUUUUGGGGUGGUAAGCAUAACCUUACGGAAGCUUUAAUAGCAAACAAAUUAUAUCAUAGGGGAUAGGGGAUUAUUAACCUAACUGGCCGGAAAAUGGUUCAAAAACAAAGAUUUGGUCCAAAAUGCGGUGUUUUCCUAAAAUUUAGCUGACGGCAAAGGGUAGCAUGAGAAUGGCUAAAUUAGACACUCAGGACUUAAAUUUCUGCUAAUUGGAUUUAAUUAAGCAGCGGGUUUGGUUUUCGCGCAUGCGCAUAAGCCAAAAUGUGAACUUGUUUUCUUUUUGCGACUGUAUUUCGAUUUUUUUUUGUCUCGCUCUCUCUUUCUCCCUUUGCGUUUCUUUUUAUAAGCAGUUUUGUUGCCCACUCUACCGUCUUUCUUUAGCAGAAAAUUUUGGCUGGCUUUCUUUCCAACAAAGGAAGAAAUUUAAUCUGUAACUGAGUAGUAAGUAAAUAGCAAAAUUGGUAGUGGAUUUUUUUGCCCAAAAUGUUGCUUGAUUUUUUUUUGUCUGUAACUGUCAGAAUUGGUCAAAAUUUACUAAAUUAGGUAACAGUGGAAAGCUCUUUUCUCGCUUAUUUUACUAACUAGGUUGUACAAAUCUCUGCAAAUCUGCAAAAUUCUCCACUUCAAUCCAGCCACUGCAUCUACUGGCGGAAGAUCAUUUUCAAUGCCGCACAGAGUCGGAACCUGGCUGCCAGUAAAGAUGACCCAGCAGAUCAUCCCGCUUGGAACACAAAUAUUUAUAGCUUCCAUUGUCCCCCUUGCUACUUUUUAAAAUUGCUACUAUUUAAAAUUAUUCAAAACAAUUUUAAAUAAUAACUGAGAAAUGCUUUUCCACAGGUUCUUGUCGUUCUGUCUAUUCAAGUAAAUCGUUCCUGUUCUCGUUAUAUAACAUCAAUGGCUACGCUCCUGUUAAGGUGAACAUCAAGUCUAGUCGUUACAGUACCGCUAUCGACACAUGUUCCAGAUACGGACCAACCUUUGGUGGAGCACACGACCUGCACAUAUCCAACAACGCUGCAAGCAACCGCAAUUCCUACACUAGUUGUGGCUACUCCUACCCUCUCCCUCAUGGGUACUCUGCAUAUUACUCUUCCUGUAGAUUUUAUGCCGGUGGAUCCAGUAUCUACUUUACUCCCAUUGAUGUUGAAGUGUUUUAUGAGACAACAACUCAAACCCUGUAAAGGUAGAUCACGUCUGCCAACCCAAGCCGAGUAUAAAUACAUCAUAUAUGAACGCGGUUUCGUAGACUCCCAAGGAAAAGUGUUUUAAAUGGAGGUUUUGGUUUGAAUUAAGUAAUAACAAAUUCUUUUAAAGUCAAUUCGGAGAUCGUUCAGGAGCCAGUGAAGAUUCACAAGAAGAACAGGCUGGUAUAAUAUGACAGGACUUGGGUAAAAGAGGAACAACACAGUUGCUAUACAGCUGCGUUCUGCGCACGUUGGAGCUUUUAUCAUGCGCUUUUAGGUAAACCAUUAUAACAACGAAUUACAGUAUUCAAACUUUAGACUGUUUAGAUCAUGGUUGCAAUUUUAGUACACUAGGUUAAGUUUAAGCUGUCCAGAUGAAGGAAGUGGUGUAUUUCGAGAAUUAAAGUGUUUGACUGUUACUAUAUAGGAAAGCUGAGCGAUUUAAGAGGUACCUAUACGUAUGAAUUCAAUGUUUCCAAAUGAAAUCACAAUUAAUGAGGUUGCAAAGGAAAUAGCAAAGUUGAAUCCAAAAAAGGGUUUUGGCGUAUGAAGGGUUGAGUCCACAGAUGAUUCAAUGUAUUGCAAAUUAAAUAAGUGAGCCGUUCACCCACUUUUUUCAAUUCAAGUUUUAGUACUGGCAAGGUUCCUCAUGAACUAACAUUUCACUAAUAACGCCGGUCUUCAAAGCAAAUGACAACAAACAGCUUACCAACUACAGACCCAUGUCCGUUUGAACUUGUUUUUCAAAGAUUUUGAGAAAAGCUGCUAUACCGAAGGCUUUUAGAUUACAAGUAAGCACUCAACCUUUCUUGCACUCAUGAAAAUUACAUAAAAAAUUAAAAUGGCAAUUGAAAACAAUGAAUUUACGAUUGGAAUUUUCCAGGAUCUGUUUAAAGCAUUUGACACCGUAAAUCACAACGAACUGUUGCAGAAAUUAGAUUUUUAUGGCAUAAGAGGUCUAUGUAAUAACUGUUUCAGAGAUCAUCUUGCCGAAAGGCAGCAAGAUGUUAAAAACAAUUCCACCUAUUCUGAAAACAAUUCAAUAAAUGUGGAGUGCCACAAGGCUCCGUACUAGGACUGCUGCUGUUCCUGUUAUAUGUAAAUGAUAUUCAGACAUGCUCGAAUUUGCUAUUUUCACACUAUUUGCCGAUGCAGACACUAAUCUGUAUAUUUCUGGCAAGAAUAUUGAAGAACUUGAAACCCUUGAAACUGAGGCAAAUGAAACGUGUACAAGCAGGGGCCCAUAACCCGGAGCGAGCAUCCCCAUUUUUAGACACAUUUUUGGGCAAUUUUUCCCGCGAAAAUGGAAUCUCCGACACGUCUAUGAACGCAUUCAAAAUGUAGGAUAUCAAAAAGGAAAACGUAACGUCAUUAACAGGCAAAAAUUAUUAUUUUUAGGUUUGUAGGUUUUGCUGACUGGUUUGUGGGACUUUAAAGAUAUUCUAAAUUGUUGUCAAAACCUUUCUAAAAAUAAACUGGUCUCUAAAAACGCCGUGACACGAGUACAUGGAAGUUGCUCGCUCCAGGUUAUGGGCUCCUGGUACAAAUAUGGCUUGAAGAAAGUCAGUUGACGUUGAACCUAAAGAAGGCUGACUAUAUUAUAUUUAAAUCCCAUAAGAAAAAAUAUAAGAAAGAACUGAAGAUUACGCUGCUGAUUAGAAUAAAUAUGACUUACAGAAAUAAAAAAGGUAUUAACACUAGUUUCUUAGGAGUAAUGAUAUAUGCGAAUCUGACGUGGAAAAAUCAUAAACUAUUUAACAUGCAAAAUAGCAAAAACAGCAGGAAUUUUAUGUAAGGCUCGCCAUUUUAUAAAGAAUGAUUAAUUAUUACAUCUGUAUUCCUUACUGACAUACCCUCACCUUAUUUAUGAUAAUAUUUUCUGGGGUAAUAAUUAUAAGAUAGGACAGGAUAGACUGAUCAAAAUACAAAAGAAAGUAGUGCGUGUGAUAACUUUUUCCUCGUACACUGAGUCAUUAAAGCCGCUCUUUCAAAAAUUGAAUAUUUAAUAUUGAACAAUUAACUUCAGCAAACAAUCCUUUUGCACACACCCCACAAACCUAUGAAGGAAGGCGGUGUCUGCAUCGUGGAAUCAUGACAAAGGUUUAGUACCAGUGAGUACAGAAUUGCAAGCUCACUUUAAAAGUCUUAAACUUCCAAAAAUGCUUUUGAGCGGGUUAUUAACAUCAGAAGGAUGAAAAUUAAGUUACUUAAUUUAAUUCGCUCGGUUUUGGUUUCAUUUAUGUGCUUUACUUGAAAGAAACCUUUUAAAAGCGAAUAGAUGGAUUGGCCGAGGUACGCCGUUACAACGCCAAUCCACGCCUUUUGAAAUAUGCUUUCUUUAUUACUAAUAAUAAUAAUACCUGUAAUGAUUAGCUUUCACAGCGCGCGUAAUGCGCCUUAGUGCAGACGUUUGAAAGGGAUGAAAGAAAGGGGAAACUAAGACACCCAAGCGCGGGGGAGCCUAUCCUGUUUCUUUAAUAGUUUGUCACGCAGGUUGGGCACGAAUUGAACAAAUAAUAAUAAAUAAAAAAAUUAAAAGCAGCAUAUAAAGAUAAAAGUUGUAAUAACAUAUUUGAAGAGUAUGAUCAAAAUAUACAUUCAACUCUAAGACUACGGACACCUGGUGUUGGUCCCUGUCGUUUUUCAGUCAUUUUACUGACAUUUUACUGUAACUAUACUCUCUGUAAGACGUACACCUCUCUAAGACGGACAACGGACACUUUUGAAACCGUCAACAGACAAUUAGGAGGUGCUUUAUGUAGUGAAAAAUACUUCAAAACGGUAAUGUAGGUGCUGUACAUGACAGUAAAUUGUGAAAAGUUUUGAUACUUUGUAGUCUUGAACCAGUUCCUAGAGUGUAUACUGUUACGCUUUCAGAUCACGAAGCCGUGAACGUUUAGUUGUAAUGAAUGCUUGAUUGCACAAUGAGAAAAUGAUUCCACUUUCCGUCUCAAGUCCCAGUUUUAGCUGUUUUCAGUACAAAUUAAAGACUCAUAAAACAGACGUGUAUUCAUUGCUAAGAGGUUCAGCUUAAAAAUAAAAUUGGUAUCACGAUACCUCGAUUGCCCUAUUAGCUGGACGUCUCUCUUAGACAGACAGUCAGAGUCGGUCCCGAAGGUGUCGGCCUUAGAGAUGGUUGACUAUUUUUUAGAUGAAAUUGAAGAAAACUAAUGAAUGAGAAGGGAUGAACGUCACUAUUACUCACUGCCGUCUAACUCCUAGAGAUCCAACAAAACUAUCUGAAAAAGGAUGACAAAUAAAUUUUAUUAAAGUCUGGAGAUAUCAUUAAACGGAAACUGUAGUCAAAACAAGUGUGACUCUUGCAAUUGAGUCUCGUAACAAUCGGCACCAGAGAAUAUUCAAGUUCAAGGGUGAGGGGUACAGGAAUCAGAAUUUAGACCGUCGAACUCCUCAGUCUCUUUUUUCUGUUACAACGAUCUCUCCCUUUUACAUUGUAUCCCUUAUUUUUUGGCUUAAAUCUACAUGUUGACAAGAAGAGGACUUAAGCGCUAUUUUUGCUUUACCUUUGCGAGUCAAUCAGUACUUAGCUGUACGAACUUCCUUUAAAAGUGAUAGGUAACUAAAAUAAAUUGUUGUUGUGUAUCGUAUUCUCUGUUUUCAUCAAAAAUAGAAUUGCAAACCAGUCAAUACAGAAAGUCCAGAAACUGGGAAAUGAAACGGAAGGUAAAUAUAGCAAAAUCCUCGCCUAGAAUUAGGUCUGUGCGUUUUACCUAAAUUUAGAAAGCUUUGUAAGGAGACGCCAUGUUGGUGUCCCUUUGGGGGCACAAUUAAAUAUGGCCGCCGAAAACUAACGGAAACAUCAGAGUCCGUUUUUGAGUUUUCCUACGUAACGCAUGAAUUCUUUUAUUGAGGAACUCAUAAAGAUCAGAAUGAAUAUAACUUUUUAAAGUUAAAAGUUAUAUUUAUUCUGAGACAAGGAAUGUCAAGAGAGCAAAGUCUCAAAAAAAAUUGGUAAAACGUUUUUAACCCAAAUAAUAGCUUUCCAGGCUCCCAGCUAAACGGCCGCGUCACGCAAAACCCUGAAAGUUCAAUCGUCCUCUAUUGCAAAACAUAGAACCCUUUCGAACCGAAAAUUUGUAAGUGCUGUCAGUAAUACCUCGCGAUAAUAUAUUACUUUAAAUUUUGGUGACGUCAUUUGAAAACCGAGAAUAAGGAAGGGAUUUACAUGUAAAUGUACAUAUCGCAAAACAGCCGAACUACUGGAAUUCUGAAAAGUCACGAUAAUGUACGUUUGAGAUAGUACUAGUAAGUAUCUUUCUCUUAUUUAUAAAUUUUCCUUAAUUUUGCUUUUUGCAUGGUUUUUCAGUAAAUACGUUAAGGCACGUGCAUGUUUCUAAAAUAACACGUGUUACAGCAAAAACGACAACAGCGCAAAGCAUUAAAAAGGAACGUGGUCGCUGCAAGCCGAUAACUGAAGCCCCUUAUGAAAAACUUCCUGGCUUAAAGUGAACUUUGACUCUGCGGAUGAUAUUACAGACAAGAUAAGAGGAGUACAAAGUUGGCAAGAUACCUAUGAAUCGUAAUCUUCGCAUUGACUAUCAGCUGUUACAACAUUUAACAAUUCUUGCCAUAUGUAAACUAAUCAUCAGACCAUGAUGGCCUCUCAGAAGCAGAGUUUGCCUUCCUUUGCCUCGAUUCUGUCUGUUUUAUCGAUUGUUUUUUACUGCGCCGGUUUUCUGAGAGUAGAAUUGGAGCUAAACGAACAGAAGAAGAGAAUAAACGCCCUUGAAAACAACGAGGAGACUGCCCCGUCAGACGUCCCUAACCUUAACCAGUUAGCUAAGAAAACUCGUGGUAAGUCUUUUCUAUUCUAGUUUACUAAGAGUAUGAAUAUUUUACCGUAAAAGUAUCACACAGAAUGUUUAUUUUAUUUUUGCUCUAAAAAUAACUCUGCGAUUUUAGAAAAUAUCCUGUCCUUGCGUUUUCGUGGCGCAGAACUAGUAAAGAAAACCGAAGGUGAACAGGUCAUCAUAUGCUUUCUUUGUAGGGAAGAAAUAUUCAAAACAUCGACUUUUGAUCACUUGAUGAUCUUUGUUUCUCAAAAGUAGGUGAACUGUCUUAUUGUGUCAAAUAACACCUGAACUUUUUAAGUUUUAGAAACCGAGCAUCGAUCGGACGAGUAAUUAUCAUUUCGAGCUUCUCACUCAGUCUCGUCUCAAUAAGCAAGUUUUCUUAUAAGGAAUAUUAAUAUUUUCUAACCUGAUUCCCUUUCCUUAUAAUUGAGUUAGCAUGACAUUAAAAACGUGGUGAUUGGGAGUAUAUAUUGAUACAGUCGUCAAAUUUGAGUAGACAACACUUUAUUUUCUCGGAGAAGAAAAGCCCUCAUUCCUUUUUGGCGAACAAACAUUGUUAUGUUUGGAGUUAGUGGACCUUUUUCUUUUCCCUAGAUUGACCUGUCAAUCACGAGGAUAGUCUGCAUGUUGUAUUUUCGGAAGAGCAAUGUUUUUAUUUCCUGUCUAUAGCCUGUGUACAGACCCCCCGGCUCCCCACAGGAAAAAUAGGAGAACGGACCCCUUCUCCGAUUUUUCCUGAGGGGAGGUGGAGUCUGUACACAGGCUAGCCAGUCAAUUUCUCUUGUUUUGAAAGCAGAGAGGCGAAUAAGUGAGAUCUGUGAGGCUGAGGUGAGGUCCUUUCCUAAUCUCCUUCUCUACCAGCUGACCAAGUAUUCAAAUUUAUUUUUAGUGCUAUAUUACCCAGAGUACCAAACGCCUGUCAUCUCUCUCCUUGGAAAACCUCGCCUGAAAACCACGCCAAAAUGAGAUCACCUGAAUCGCCGGCGAAUGUUACAGUCAUUUUUACUGUAUAAAAUUUGUGGACUCUCGUUACUACAAAAACAUAAAUUUUUUAACUUUAUCAACGACUCCACAAACAAUACAUUAAAUUACAUAUAGUCAUAUACAAUGCUUUAAUUUACUAUACAGUGUGCUAACUAAACCCAUCACUCUUCUUAUAUUGAUUAAAUGUCAACAUUUAAUGCAACCUUUGAAAGUUUAGACUCAACUGUGAGUACCUGUAUAACCACCUUUCUAGUUUCACUCCUCUGCGUUUUAAUCAAUUCCCUUAUCUUCUACUUAAUUCAGUGUUAAGGCCAAUUUUUCAGUAGCUGCCUUUAAUGUAAGUUCGUUCAGUUUUUCUGACAUUUUUCUGCACUGGCGUUUUUUCCCUUGUAUUUGGUUUUGUUUUAAUUCCCACUUCAAGUGACGUCUGGCAUUAGCAUCUCUACAUUAGAGAUCCAGCAAGAAAGAACCAGUCAGUUUUAUUUACGCGUUAAGUGGACCUCUGCAUUGAAGGGUAUUUACUAAGAUUAACUAGGUAGAGGGUUCUCUGCUUUGAUCUUUAGCCCUGACAUAUUAAAAACGUUCUUUGUAGAAUCUGAAUACGCCAAGCUCCAUAGAAAUAGGCGAGCAGCCGAUGUACUGAAAAACACCACGGGAGCUAAAAUCACAGUUGACAGGGAAACAAUUCUGAAGAUAAACAAACUGUUGUCCGAACUAAAACCUCAACUCUGUCAUUCAAAUGGCGAUAGCUGUCUCCCAAGCCCUCCCGGUCCACCGGGACCGAAGGGAGACAAAGGAUCCCGAGGACGAAGAGGACACACAGGACAAUCAGGAAAUAAAGGCGACCAGGGCAUUAUGGGAUCUCCUGGAAAAAGUGGCAAGCAAGGCAUCAUGGGACUUGUAGGUCCGAAGGGUGAGGCUGGACUAAAGGGACAAAAAGGAGACAUAGGACCUGCAGGCAUGCCGGGAGUUAAAGGAGUACCUGGUGAAUCAAUUCCAGCUCCUGUUGUUGCCGUGUCUCCUAAAACACUGACAGUUAACGAAGGUAGAUCAGCUUCGUUUCAGUGUUCAGUGAGUGGUAAUCCUAAACCUGCAAUCAAUUGGGGUAAACGGAACAGUCAGUCACAAAUAAGCCGAUCAAUGGCUUCAGAAGGAAAGUUGCUUCUUACCAAUGUCCGAGGAAGUGAUACGGGUACAUAUAACUGUUCAGCGGUUAACAUUUUAGGACAGGCGCAGGCACUGGUACAGCUGAUAGUAAAUGGUAAGACCUUUAUGAAAUAAACAAAAGAAUAAAUAGUAAGAAACCAGUUUCGAAGACUCUGCUGUCCUUACAUUUUGCUUCGGAUAAAUUUUGUCAAAACAUAGUAAAAAAUUGUUACAAAACUGAAUAUCAUAAUGAUAUUGUUGUUGUUGUUGUUAUUCUUUUUUUUCAGCGCUACUUAUGCCUUUCUCAUGGCUUAGUCAGCUCUAUCAUAAAAUCUAGUCUUAAAAUCCUAGAAUCCUCUUAUCAACCUCAUUAUGCUAUUGAAAGAAGUAGUUAUACUCUUCCAUUCUGUCACGUGACUGGCUAUCCAGCGCCCGUGAUCUCAUGGAGAAAGUCAUCCGGUCCAUUACCCCAGCGAAGAGUGAAGUACAACAACAGUGCAUUACAAAUUCUUCAUCUUCGUAAGGUGACUCUGACUUCUACUUUUGUGCGGCAUCAAACCUGUUGGGACGCGUUGAAAAGAACACCCUCUUAGUUGUUGUCUCCCCUCCUCGGUUUACCAUUAAACCACCUGCUAAAGUUGUCGCGUGGGUUGGUGAAACCUUGAUUUUAAACUGCAGCGCUACUGGUGAUCCCCAACCAGUCAUCAGCUGGAAAAAACAAGGAGGUCAACUGCCUGUUGGGCGAAGCCAGCAGAUCAAUGGCUCAUUAGUUAUAAGAAGCCUGACAUUGAACGAUAAAGGGAACUAUAUUUGUGUUGCACCAUAUGCAGGGGUUUUUAAGGCUGAGACCGUCACGUACACUGAAGUUCACAGAGGUAGGUUUCAUUCGUAGUUAAAUAUAUCCUUCAGUACAAAUGCAAAGCAUGAACAAAGAACAAAGGAAAAACUAACUACUUCAUAUGUAUGCGCCUACAGGACAUUGCUCGAGCUGCGGGUAUAAUGUCGGGCCACAGGCGUGCCCUUUCUAACUUAACUUAUUUUAUUUUAUUUUAUGGCUAUAAUAGUAGUAUGCGCGCCCUGAUUGGCUGAGAGGGCAAGAUUUUCUUGUAAUGACUAGGCCUUAUGAAUAUUUUUUCAGUUCGACGAGCUGUGAGUGAAAGCUACGAGAGCGAUGAAGAAGAUUAACAUUCAUAGCAAAUGUCACGGAAAUCACUGCAAGUUCUCCCCACCUGUUUAAAGUUUAAUCACAAACUGGGCCUAUCUUUGCCUUAGCUUUAAACUUCUUAAGGGUCAAACGCUUGUGAGCAGUCAGUGUGUUUUCGGAAAUUAAAGUGGUUAAAUUUGCCCUAGAUCUUGACGUAAGAAAGACCAUAAUUGUCUCAUUGUCAACGAAACUGUAUCAGACUUGCCAACCGCCGAGCGGCAAAAAGAGUUGGAUAAGGCAGUAAUGUGAUGAAAAGGGAAAAAGUCGUCCGAUGUCCCCAGUUUUCUAGUGAAAGAAUUUCACCAGGGAUUAUCGGUGUUAGUAGUCACCAUCUAUUUAAAGCUGGAGCAGAAGGCACCACGAUCAAUGUUCUUUGUCGCUGCUGACAUGAACACAUUGUUUGACCGCUAUUUUGAAAUGAGAGCUAUAUUUUGGGUUUUUAAACAGUAUAAUAUUCGCCAGCAUGCCUAUUGUCCCAUCACGGGGAACUAAUAUUAUAUAAGUAUGGGAGGAAACCGCGACUGCCCCAACCACUAUGCUGCCUUUCACACUACAAGGAAGGGGGGCUACACCGAUAACUAGAAUUAGACCUCCAAACACCUGUAGUUCCUCCAUUACUUAGAAACCCCAACCACAGCUACACUCGCAUUAGAAUUGAAAACGGCUUAAAAGACGGAUGCCGGAAUUUGGAGUUCUAAAGACCUUACGAACCAUGAAAGUGCUCAUCGCAUGGCGCUAAUCUGAGCACGUUAACGUCUUGCUCUGAGGAGAAAAGGGACCAACAGAGGGAUGGGUACCCUGUGCGGUAUAUCGUAUACUAACAUCUCACAAAAGGAAAAAACUGGUUAGUAGUAACAAAUGGGGAGGAAGUCCAUAAAACCAAUCAAAAAGCGGCUGAAUACCCGGAAAUAUAUACAGGGAAACCCAGGCUCGUUUGUCCAGAAAUAUUUUGCCUUUCUCUAGCUUUGGUAAUUUCCUGGCAAUAUUUGCUCCUUCAGAUAGUUAUUUUACAGCAAAGGGGUUCAAGUCAACCCCAUGCUAGGGUUCGAUUACCGGAAAGAAAAGACUUAACGUUGCAAUCAUGUUACUGGCGCCCUUCUGCCUCUUUAAUAUUGAUUUCUGUAAUAGAUCCCCAAACCUCCCCACUUCAAGGCAGCAAUAUUAAUAUCCCCAAGGUUUACAGUUUGUUCAGUGUCCAGGUUUCAGGGUUAAGCCCUAGUCAGUUCGAUUCCAAAGUGCUUUUCCAGACCAGAACUAAAAUGCUCUAAAACAGGUAAAAAACAUGUUAUCAGAGCAACCUACUUGUCCCAGUGUUCAUCCGCAAUAUAGUAAAUAAAAAUACAGGCCUCUGUUUAACAAUAAUUGUUAAUUUAGUUGAAUAUAUAUUCAGAAAAAUUCUAAGUUUUGUUUUGAGUUUCAUCCCGGAUGCCACAUUGUUUAGAACUGGUCAGGGCGUUAAUCUUUUUGAGUCAGACAAUACGGUGUAAGAAAUAAUAAAUGAUACAAAAAUCAUGGUAAUAAAUGAUGCCAGAUACAAAACAGGAUGUCACCGAUGCAAGGUUUGUUUAGGCAUGGCAUAUGACGAGACGAAACUAUCCAGUUCCAUCCGAAAUAAGCAGUGUUUCUAUAGCUAAACAAACUUAAACAACAAAAUAGAUGAAAUAAGUAUUUGUUAUCCUGUGUAGGUGCCCUGAGCUCAUCCAGUAUCCUUGGCAACCUCGACAACAAAUACUUUGGCAAAUUAAAUUCAUAUUUGUACCCAGUCCUUCAGAGUCCCGGUCGCAGCAGGUUUGUGAGGUGUUGGCACGCUAAGACAGAUGGUUGGGCGGCAUCAACAUUCCACAGCAACUGUGAUGGAAAGGGUCCCACUGUAACCAUCGUCCAAGUUGGUAGUUACAUAUUUGGUGGAUACACUGACAAGUCUUGGGGUGGUGAGUAUUGCUGGUUUUCAGUGUCACGCCAUUCAAAGUAGAUAAAAAUAAAAAUCAAAACCAGUAGACAGAUAAAGUCCAGAAUCUGGGAAAUGUCAGGAGGUAAAUAUACAAAGACCCUCGCCAAGAUUUCGGUCGAAGGAAUAAUUCGUAUACGAGAUAUCUUAGGAAAUGUUUUACCCAAAUUUAUAGAGCUUUGUAUGGAGACGCCAUGCUGGAGCUCAUCCGGAUGAGCUCCAACAUGGCGGACGAAAACCAACAGAAACAUCUGUUACCGAGUUUUGCUACAAAAGCGUGAAUUUACUCCUAGAGGAACUCAUAAACAUUAAAGUAAUACUUUUUCAAAUACCUGCACUGUUUAGAUAGCAAAAUUCCUCGAAAAAAGUCACUUUUUUAACCUAAAUGACAGCUCUCUCGGCCGUCAUGUAAAUGCUGCGUCACGCAAAAGCUUAGAAAUUCAAGCGUACUCUAUUACAAAAACCAAGAAACCUUUUGAAGCGAAAAUUUGUUUGAAAAUUAUUUUUCAGCUGCUCUAAUACACCGUGAAAGUAAAAUCUCAGUAGAAUCGGUAGUUUUGUCGUUUGAAUUUUAGUGACGUCAUGUGAAAACCAACAAUUAGUGAUACCAUAAUAGCCUCAAUCGCACACGGAUAAUAGUUUGUUAAGGGAUGAACACAUCAGAUUAUUAUGUAGACCUCUUUUUGUACAUGUCACAGUAUCUAUGAGGGAUAGUACCCCACCUAGUCGGUAGUUACGUAACGUAAAUGAUCUAAUCAGUUCAUCGUAUGUGUAUGCCUUUCAUCUCUACAUGACACAGUAUGGUCCAGUAUCAGGGAUAAAACCGUUUCCACUGUCAUUAUCAGUUACUUGUUUAGUUGAAACGUCAGUGGAAAGGUAGGUCUCUUAGGAAGUUUCCGAAACACUUACUUUAAUAUAGUCAGUUUUCUACAGUAAGAAUCCAGUCUGUGGAAUACAGGGGCGUAGCUACCUGUACGCACGGUACGCACGUGCGUACCUAAAAAAGUCGGGGGUAAAACGAGGUAUUAAAGUGAAUAAGAUACAGAAUAAGAAUAAGAUACAGAGGAUAAAAUAGAUAAAUCUUAAUUAUUUUAAAAGCCCAGUUCGCCUCAAUUCAUUUCACAACGGACUGUUUGAUUUUUCUUUUUACACCCGAAUGUCGGUUUCCAGGAAAGAGACGUGAUUCAUUGGUGGACCGAAUCUUCUAUGGUAUAUAUUUAGAGAAACAGCGGGAAAAGCGCAAAUUCCAAACGCUGUUGAAAGGAACUUUCGGUCUUUUAACUUGUCAUAUGCAGUUCAGUAUUACAGCUAGAGUUUCCAUGACACUAAAACGUCAAUCAGUGCAAUUUCUUUCAGACCACAAAACAGCCCGUACUUUUUGCGUAAACCAAGAAAGCGCAAAUAGUCGAACGAAUGCUCUGGAGGAAAACAAAUGGUCGUUCCCUCUUGAAUGGAGCAGGGGGCAGGGGAGAAGAGUGAGUGAGACUGGGGAGAGAAGCGAAAAAUACUUUUAAAAAAUACGAUAGAAACUAACAAAGAAAAAUAAAAGAAAGAAAACCAGAAAGAAAAAAACAAAAUGACAGUUUCGCAGUCUAAAAGCAGUUGAAAAGUUAGUACUACCAAAUCCUUUCCUGCUGAAUCAAUAACAAAGCGCCAAAAGUGCUCGACGCUCAAGUUGAAUAUAUACCAUAAAAGUUUGGAAAUGAAGGAAUUCACGUAGUUAACCUGUAACAGGCCUUGAGAUAGUUGAGAAAACGGAAAGAAAAAUGAGCCAAAAAAAAUGGCGAAGGGGCGGGUUUAGGGAGAGAGCGCGAAAGAACCUCUUUUCCUCCUCCUUUCCUCUCUCCCUAGCUCUCCCUCUUACUCUCUUCCACGUUUGUUUUCCUCCGUUCUCUAUUUCGCGCCACUGUCCACUAUCCACUAUCCACUGUGCACUGCGCCUGGAACACGCUAGUCCAUAGUGGGCAAGAGAGUUUUUUCCAAUGCCGAUGCAAGGGAUCUAUAGAUGUCCAUUUAGGAGCAUUUGACAUUUUAGAAGCUCAUACUCACGCUUCAACUAUUCCUGCUCUAGCUUUAGUAAAACGCCACUUUUUUUCUUUUUUCCGUUUUUCUGUAGGGGAAAGGUUUUGGCAAUUUGUUUUUGAUGAUGGUGUUUCAUCGUCGAUCGAAACGAGUUAAAAUAUUUUCUGAAACGUUCGAUACAAAGUACCUUUAUAAGUGUGAUAGUAAUACAUCGAAACUAACAUCUAUACUUUUACAUAAUUACUAGAAAGAGAAAAGUCGCAAGAAAAAAGAAAGUGUUCUAAUUAGGUCAAUUAGUUGAUAUGAAUAUUGGUUGUCUCCGUCUUAAAUUUAACGUAUUUACGCAUUUUAUGCGUCGCACAAAAAAAGCCAUUUUUUUGGCAAUUCUGCACUAUAUAUAUUGUAUCCAAACAAAAUGAUUCUUCUUCUUGAAUAAUAGGUGAAAAACAUCCAGCUUCGAACACAGAUAUUUAUAGCUGUCAUUGUCGCCCUUGCUACUUGAAGUAUUUUGAAUAAUUUAAGUUAAUAUCUGAAAAAUGUUUUCCCACAGGUUCUUGUCGUUAUGUAUAUUCAAGUAAAUCGUUCCUGUUCUCGUUAUAUAACAUCAAUGGCUACGCUCCUGUUAAGGUGAACAUCAAGUCAAGUCGUUACAGUAAAGCUAUUUACACAUGUUCCAGCUACGGACCAUCCUUUGGUAACGGACACAACCUAUACAUAUUCAACAACGCUGCAAGCAACCGCAAUUCCUACACUAACUGUGACUGGUCCUACCCUCUCCCCCCUGGGUACUCUACAUCUGGUUAUUCCUGUCGAUUUUAUGCAGGUGGAUCCAAUAUGUACUUCACUCCCACUGAUGUUGAAGUGUUGUACGAGACAACAACUUAAACCCUGUAAAGGUGGAUCACGUCUGCCAAUCCAAGCAGUGUAAAUACAUAUAUGAACGCGGUUUCGUAGACUCCCAAAGGAAAGUGUUUUAAAUGGAGUUUUUCGUUUCAAUUAAGUGAUAACGAAUUUUUUUAAUAAAAACUGUUAAAAAUCCUUUUAAAAUCAAUUUGGAGAUCGACCAGGAGCCAGUGAAGAUUCACAAGAAGCUGUGUUCUGCGCAUGUUGGAGCUUUAAUCAUGGGCUUUGAGGCAAACCAUUAUAUAGCAACGAAUUACAGUAUUCAAGGUUGCUUGUAAUUUUAGUCCACUGGGUUAAGUUUAAGCUGUCCAGAUCAAGUUACUGGUGUAUUAAGAGAAAUUGUUUGACUGUUACUAUAUUAUCAGUAAGGUACCUUGCUUGCCUUACUCAUAACGUGUACACAUGUACAUAACUGGCCAUUGUUUGCUUCAUGCACAGCAGAAUCCCUGAACGUCAGCUUUUCAGUAUCCAGUUUUUUUUAAUACAUAACAUGAAAUGCUUUUAGAUGCUACAAUAGUUUCUACCUUUAUCCGAAGUCGUAAUCUACCUUUCUAUUAGAAAUUGACUUGGGAAUGGUGCAUGUACAUGAUAAAUAUGCAGGGAUCCAAAAAUAAAAUGAAAAUGAAAUGAAUCAAAUAAGUAAGGAUGACAUAGCAAAAUCGGGCCUUGACCAGGAUGCCACAACCUAAGAACAUCUAAAAUAAUUUGUAAAUAAUUCUAAAUAAUUUGUAAUCGCAUGUUUUCACCGAUCAGUUGUUUAUUUGGAUCGCGAGCCUGGUGGAGGAAAGUUGAUCGACUGUCCAUGCGUAAAGACAAGUGCAGCUCCGAUCCAGAUAAAGAUUUCAUCAUUGGUUUAAAUGAUUAUUUCGGCGACAUUUGCUUUGAUAGGGAAUAUUCUAAACCAGUUCCUGCCGAGAUUGAUGUGAACACCCCUGCUCCACAACUAUCUACAUUUCAAGUGUUUCUUGCCUUAUCGCGAAUAAAGCGUACUGCCACCGGACCUGAUGGGAUUCCUUUCUGGAUAUGGAAAGAUUAUGCUGAGAAAUUUACCCCAGUGAUUGAGAAUUUAUGGAACUUAUCUCUUGCUCGGCAGAUCUGGCCAAGUCGUUGGAAGGAGGCUAACAUCAAUCCACUCCCAAAAGUCGAGACACCAGUCGAAUAUGCGGACUUUAGAGGAAUCAAUAUUACUCCAGUUAUUGCCAGAACGUUUGAAAGAACAGUGUAUAACAUUUUUAACAAGAGGUGCCUAGAGGAAUAUCUGAAUAAUUCUCAAUUUGUGUACCGUUCAGGUGGAAGUUGUGUAAACGCUCUGUUGAAAAUGCAACAUACAAUUCUUGCGGCAUUGGAUAAACGGGACACCUUAGCGGUGAAAAUGUUUACGAUGGAUUUCUCUAAAGCCUUUGAUAACGUUAAACACAAUCUUCUAGUUGAAAAGCUGAAACAUAGUCCACUUGAUUCAUUCAUUGUUAACUGGUAUGCCAACUUUCUCGAAGGUAGAAAACAAAGGGUGAUUUUUAAUAAUUUGACAUGCCAGUGGAAAAUUAUUAACAAGGGAACAACACAGGGAAGUGUCAGUGGCCCAUAUCUUUUCAACAUAUUUUUGAAUGACCUAGAGAUAGAUGGGUACAAAGAUAUAUCCUUGUUUAAAUAUGCAGACGAUUCAACCGUCUUAGUCACGAUUACUAAAGAUUCCCCGGAUAUAUCUGAUAUUGCCUUGUCCAAGUUUAUGGAUUGGACUGUUGCAAAUGACAUGCAUUGUAACACUAGUAAAUGUAAGGAGCUAAUUAUGCGUAAGAGAGGCAAUUCAAUAGUCUACCCAAUGUCUCACAAUAUCAAACAAUAUAAUAACAUUUCUUUAUUAGGCGUCACAAUUCAAGGUAAUUGUAAGUUUGGCUUGCAUGUCUAGGCCAAGCUCCAUGAAGCCAACAAGUGUUUAUUUGUCACCAGAAGCCUACGUAAAGAAGGAUAUACACAAGAUGAAAUAGACCACCUCUUUAAUUCAAUUGUGAUCCCUAAGUUAUUAUACGGUCUUUCAGUUUAUGCUGCAAGUGUUUCCGAACUUACUGUUAUACAAAGGUUUUUAAAAAGAUGCUAUAAGAGGCGUUAUACGUCGGUCAAUUACAACAUAUAUGAACUUUUGGAGAAAAGCGACAGACGCCUUUUUUAUAACCUCAAACGCGAUGACCAUCCACUAAUAAGCUUGCUCCCAAGGAACAAAGACUGUAUUGUAAACCUUCGAAGGAAAUCCAUUGUCAGGCCCAGCAUUAACACUGAACGUUUCAAAGAUAGCUUUUUUAAUAGAUUAAUUUUUAAAUAUAAUCUAGCUGUGUAAAUACCCCAUAUGUAUUUUUAAUCAAUUUAAUAUUUUUAUUCAUCUUAUAGUCAUUGUAAUUUUUUCUAUCGAUAUAUAUUUUUACUGUAACAUCAGAUAUGUAAUUUUAUCGGAUGCUUUUUAAUAAAGACGUUAUUAUUAUUGUUAUUAUUAUUAUUAUUAUUAUUAUUAUUAUUAUUAUUAUUUUAAGAUCUCGGAUUUUCUCUGGAAUUCAGACUUUUGCGCACAGCCCACAAACCUAUGAAGGAAGGCGCUGUCUGCAUAAUUUUGUGGUUUAGUACCAAAGAGUACGAGAAUUGGAAGCUCAUUUUAAAAGUUAACUUCCAAAGCAUUUUAAGCGGGUUAUUAACAUCAAAAAGGUGAAAAUUAAGUUAAUUUAAUUCGCUUGGUUUUGGUUUCACGUAUGCGCUUUACUUAAUGGACAGAAACCUUUUUUUGAAGCAAAUAGAUGGUACACGUGGUACACCGUUACAACGCCAAUUCCACAACUUUUAAAAUAUGCCUUCUUUAUUACGAGUAAUAAUACUUGAUUAGCUUUCACGGAGCGCGUAUUAAGCCUGCACAUGUGUGCAGACGUUUGAAGGGGAUCAACGAAAGAGGGAAGAAAGUCCGGGACCUCGGGGCAGAGCCUCUCCGUAUAAACAUUUGUUGAGUACCCCCCUCCCCACCCCUCCCGGGAGCUAAGACGCCCUAGCGCGGGCGAGCCUGUCUCCUUUACCUUUAAACGCUUGUCACCCAGGUUAGGCAGGAAGAGGCCUUUUACAUUAAUUGAUCACGUGAUCAACUUUUGGUAAACACGAAAACAGUUCGCUUUUGAAAAAUUUUGUUAGCACGAGCUGAAAGAGGGUAUUAAAAUUAGGUAACCUGUGAAUUUUCAGCCGUAUAUCUCAAAAGUAGCGAUUGCAACGGCCGCCGAAAAUUAGAAAGAUUUGUAUGAGAAAAACAGCGCUUGCCACCCAGUCACGCGGUUUUCCAUACAACUCCUUGUAAAUUCCGAAACUUUUCAACUGUCGUUAAAUCAUUCCCUUUCGCAUUUAAGGGCUCGAAAAUGCCUGUUAUGAAUUAAAAGGAGAUUUGAGCCCCGUAAUGCUUAAGGAAAUAUUUCACGACAGUUUGAAAAUUUCGAAAUUUACAAGGAUUUGUAUGGAAAACCAUGCAAGCGUGACUGGGUGGCAAAAGUUGUUUUUCGCACAAAAAUGCAUCUAACUUUUGGCGGCCGUUGCAAUCGCUACUUUUGAGUUAUACGGUUGGAAAUUUACGGGUUACCAAAUUUUAAUAUGCUCUUUCACCUCGUGCUAACAAAAUUUUUCAAAAGCGAACUGUUUUCGUGUUUGCCAAAAGUUGAUCACGUGAUCAACUAAUGCAAACGGCCUAUUGGACAAAUGAUAAUAAAUAAAGAAAAGAAAAGAAAAGAAGCAUAUAACGAUAAAAGCUUCAAUAACAUGAUCAGAGAGUAUGAUCACAUUGAAGUUCAAAUUGAAGACAGCUGAUGAAGAAGACGAUGAAAAUCAUACAUGUAAUUACUCACUGUGUCUAACUCGUAGCAAUCCAACGAAACUAUUUGAAAAAGGAUUGCAAAUAAACUUUAUUAAAGGCUGGAGAUAACAUUAAACGGAAACUGUGGUCAAAACAAGUUUGACUCUAGUCUCGUAACAAUCGGCAUCAGAAAAUAUUCAAGGGUGGGGCUUACAGGAAUAGUUUAGACGGUCGAACUCCUCAGUCUCUUUUUUUUCUGGUACAACGAUCUGUAUCCCUUGAUUUUUGGCUUAAAUCUGCAUGUUGACAAAAAGAGGACUUAUGAGCGCCAUUUUUGCUUCAUCUUUGCCAGUCAAUCAGUACUAAGCUGUAUACUAACUUCCUUUAAUGGUGAUGGGUAAUAAUAUCAACAAAUCUUGUAAGUCCAGAAAAUUUUGUGUGUAAAUUUAGUGAGUUUAAGUGUUCAUGGCGCAGAGUAGAACAAAACCAAAGAUGAACAUACAAUAAUCUUGUUUUGGGAACAGGCAGUUUAUUCAAGUAUUAUUUUUUCUUACCUACAAUAAACCACUGGAGAUAACUAAUCAGGGGUUCAUAUUGAUACACUCAACUACGGUCCAUAUCAAAGAUAAAAAAAGAACACUAAGUUACAAACAACUUAAACAAAAAGCGUACAACCAGAAACUGCGUAUGGAGUGGGUGGGCGAGAAACGUCAUAUUCAAAUGUAACUAGCCUGUGUACAGAAGUCCCCCUCCCCUCAGAAAAAGAGGGAGGGAAUCGUCUGUACACAGGCUAAAUGUAACUAGAAAAGCUUAAUCUUGCUUGCUUGCUUGCUUUGAUACUCAAGUGCGCUGAAAUUAUAAAGCCUUAGUCUAAUAAUCUAAAAAAUUAAGCACUAUAGUCGUACAUGCUAGCGUGGUGUAUUACAAUUUGUUCUCUGUAGUCUUGUGACUCCCAUACAAUGUAUGUUGCUCAAUUCUGAAAAAGGCCCACUCCAGUCAAUUUUAAAACUGCUUGUUCCUAGCCCAGACCUCUCCACCGUUAUAAGUGUCUAGAUUUAUAUGACUGAAAUUAAUAUUCACUAAAACAAACAAAAAUCGACCACUUAAUGAUCUUUUUUUCUCAUGAGUGCAUGAUGGCUACUUCAGACUAAACUGCCCUAUUGAGCUUUUACUGUCUGAAAUUAAAACGAACAUAGUGAAAAGAUGGAGGGUCUGUUUGCAGCUUUAGACCGCUGCAUCGAUCAAGCAGUUAAGAUCAGUUGCGCAGACAAAUUAUUAGUACUCCCUGUAGUCGCUUUGUCUGAUUUUCAAAGCAGCGAGGCGGACUGACAGAUGAGGGAGGAGGGAAAUUGUUUGAUCACAGAGGUAGAUAGUGGCUUUUCCCAUCCUUCUCCAUCAAGUAUUCUAAGUUAAUUCCUGUGCUCUUGUACCCCGAGUAAACGCCUGCAGCACAUGCAGGACAGGUUGUCUAUCACAGUGAAGGCUUUAACCUGACAAAUAUAACAAUAAUCUUUCUCCUGGCAAACACCUCGCUAUUACCAACACUACGCUGAAAAGAAAAUCAACUGAAUCCGCGGCAAAUGUUUCACUCGUUUUUGACUGUAUAAAGCUCUCGCACUCUGGUCAUUGCAAAAAUGUAUUUUUUUAACUGUUUAAACUUUAUUUAUAUAACCCAUUGACGUCCGGCACUUUUUACGUUUUCGGACAAGUAAUUUUCUUCAUACAAACAAGCCAUAGGACUUUCGUGACUCCAUAUUUAGACUUUAUGAUACCAUGGCAAAUAGUUCUGUUCUAACACACUGAAGGCUCGAGUUAAAACAUAAGUCAAAGCACUGUGAUGCAAUAUGGAAAGCUUUCUGGUUAUCCGAUACGAAGUGAACCAAAGUCUGGUUACGGCCGGAUUCGCCUUGUCAUCGGACAACUGACGCUGCAAGCAAAAGCGAUUAAAGCACGAGGCGUUGUACCAGGCAGCUCCUAACCCCUCAUCCCUGGGUACUCUGCAUCUCUUCUUUCCUAUAGCAUGUUUGGGUUUUUUAUAUAGGAAUAUCCGAAUCGACAUCACUCACACUGACGACGAAGGGUUUUAGAAGACAACGAAAUAAUUUCUGUGGAUAACGUUUGCAUGUUCAAGCGCUUUUAACGGACAAACCCCUCUCACGUUUUUGUUGUUGACUUUUCCAGGAUUUUGCCUUUUUGCAUCCCGUCCCAUUUAUAGCUACCCCUAAGUGUCAGAUCCUGGUCAAAAGAAAGACUUCCUCACCAGUGAAAAGCCAGGGAAAGUGGCUUGCUGAAGAUAUUUUUUUAAAUGUACAAGUGAACUGGAAAAAUACCUAUCAGCUACCUUUUCUAUGCACUACGGAAACGAAGUUAAGACGACUUCCUUCUUAAGAUAGGCAAAAAGGAAACAGACUCCUGUUCUACAUACGCUGGUUCCCCAGAGACACUUACACAUUUUUUUGGCAUUGUAUAUAAACUCAGAGUUUUUCAAAUAAUGUUUCGCAGUGGAACUGCGAAAAUCUUGAUUUGACCAACUUGAACAUUGCCCCCUUUUCGCUCGCUCUUUGCCUAGGCUUAAUUGAAAACAUAUCUAAUCUUCUCCUACACCGCUUCCUCCCUAUUGCUAGACACUAUAUAUAUAGUUGCAAACUACGAAAUACCUUUCCUUUGGUACAAGUGUACACUCAGUUAGUCAUACGCUCCAUGGAAAUCGAGAAACAGAUUGUUUUUGAUAAUAAUAACUUAGCCUCCUUUAGGAAGAAAUAGGCUACUUUCAAACAAUGUCCCUCAGAAAUAAUUUGAUCUAUACCGUUAAUUAAAGUGCAAGUUACAAACGGGCAGAUGGGGGAUGGAGGACCUUAAGGCAGACAGCCUUCUCUUAAUUGUUAAUAUAUAAACUAUAGUAUUUUUAAGGACUUUGUCUUUCUUUUUAUUUUUAUUUCACUUCUGUAAACGAUAACAAAAACCUGUUUCAAUGUAAGGUAAAAUUUAGUAACCGCGAUAAUCUGAAGUUAUUGUAAUGAAUUGUAAAUGUAAUAAUGUAUCGCAAUUGUUUGUGUGUCCGAAAUAAUAAAAAAAAUAUAAAUAAUAAUAAUAAUAAUAAAAGGCCCCAAAAAGGAGUUGUCCUGUACCUAAAAUUUUUACUCCACUUUCAGAGUUAAAUUAACUCCAAAAAGAGUAAAAACAACCCAUGUAAGGAGUAAAAGUAACCCCACUGUUUCGGAGUUAUUUUAACUCCAGACUGGGAGCAAAAAGAACUCUUUUUCAGGAGUAAUUGAAAUGACCCCAAAUUCGGAGUUAAAUUAGGAGUUAAAAUAACCCCGAAAAAGGGGUUAUCCUGUACCUAAAAUUUUUACUCCAUUUUUGGAGUUACAAUAACUCCCCAAAAAUUACGGUGUAUACAGCUGAUCAAAAACUUAUAAUAAUAAUUAUUCAAAUCAAGAAAGGAUUUAGUUGUAGGAACUUUUGUGCAUUAAGUGAGCCGUUUGUCAGAUCAGUUGGUUUUUUUCUUCGAUUUCCUCUUUGCAAAGUUUGUUUUUUUGUAUGGGGGACCGGCACGAUGCCUUUGCCCCAUCUGAGGGAAUCAAGGCACUGUUGUAUUUUAAAUUUCACGACUUGGAUUCCGGAUUCCAUGUACUGUACAUCUUUUUUGUUGGUGGAACUUGCUUUCUGGAUUCCAAUCAUUAGUGGGAUUCUGCAGGCACAAGAAAGGUUUUCCCUGAAUCCGAAUUCUGCAGACAGAAAUCCGGAUUCCUUUACAUGGGGGUGGGGGGAGGCGAUACAUUUUACAGCAACAACAUUUAAGAGAAACCUUAUUUUGGGAGAAGAUCAACAUGAGUGUACUCGACGAGGAUCAACCUUGACUUUCUUGACUGUGGUAGGACUGCUGUAUGCUUCCGUUAUGAGACACGCUCAUGAGCCUAAUUGUCUUCUGACAUACUAUGCUAUACUGAGGCCUUUUCAAUCUCGUUCUUUUCCUGGUACUAUCACAGGAGGGAUAUUAGACUACGAGUAGUCCCCAUUUUUCCUCAGGGAUAGUAGAGCGAGCGAAACGCGAGUACCCGUGAAAAUCACCCCACGGGAGAAAGGCGAGACGCGUCGGGGAGAGAGCAAAAUGAUGGACAACAGACAAAGUCCCCGCCGCGUCUCGUCUUUCUCGCGUGGGCAAUUUUCACGCGUUCUUGCGUUUCGCUCGCUCUACUAUCCCUGAGGAAAAAUGGGGACUACUCGUAGUCUAGAGGGCUAUGCAAAUGACAAACUUACUUUUUAUGGUGGGGGCGGGGGGGACGGAAGAGGUUGAAAGAGGGGGUAUUUUGGUCUUAUCUCUCACGGAGUGGUGGAUCCAAAAGCCUCUGAUGUAAGACUUCCUGAAUAUGAGUGAACUUUGACUCUGCAGAUAGCAAAACAGACAUAAUGAGAGGAGUACAAAGUUGGCAAGGUACUCAUAAUUCUGACCCUGAUAUCGAAUGAACCAGACAAUCAAUGAACCAUUCAUUGUCUCAUGCGGACUAAUCAAUCAAAUAGUAAUUAAGCCAUGACUUCUCAGAAGCAGAGUUUGCCUUCCUUUGCCUCGAUUCUUUCUGUCUUGUCGAUUGUGGUUUACUGCGCCGGUUUUCUGAGAGUAGAAUUGGAGCUGAACGAACAGAAGAAGAGAAUAAACGAUCUUGAAAACAAGCGAGAGAAUAUGCCCCCCGAUGUUCCAAACCGUGACAAGUUAACUAAGAAUACUCAUGGUAAGUCUUCUCUAUUCUGGUUCAAUAUUUUAUAACAAGAGCAUCAUACAGAAUGUUUAUUUAUAUAUUUUUUAACAAAAAAUCUUGCGAGUACAGAAAAUUUUGCAUAUCCGGAAGAUAUCUUGUCUUUGCGUGUUCGUUGCGCAGAGGUAAAGAAAACCGAAGGUGAACAGGUCACCAUUUGUUUCCUUUGUAGGGAAGAAAUAUUAAAAAAAACAACAAUCGAUCACCAGUAAUGAUCUUUGUUUCUGAAAAGUAGCUGAACAGUCUUAUUGUUUCAAAUGACAGCUGAAAUUAAAAAUGACGAACAUUUUUGUGUAAUUGAGGUGGUGUGUUUACAGUAUCGAUCAAGCAGAUAGCAUAAAAAAAACUUUUGGACGGGUAAUUAUCAUUUCAGGCUUCUCACUCAAUCUCAGCUCAAUCAGCAAGUUUUCUUAUAAGAAAUGUUAACGUUAUCUAAUCUGAUGUCCUUAAUGCUUAUAUUCCUUAUUUAUUUAGUCUGUAUGCCAUUAAAACGUUCCUUGCUGUUUAUGUAAAUCAUUUAGGUAAGUGCCACCCCAAAGGGUAUAGUAGCGUUUUAGGGCCUUUUUGGUCUGAAAACUGGUAUACUCUUUGCCCAUUUUGGUCUGGAAUCAAGUAUAGUUUUCAAGGGAACUACGGGAGCGUAUGAACGUGGUUAUCGUUUCAAUUCCAAAAGGAUAAGAAUCAAAUAGGAAUAUGCGAGUUCGAAACGCGCUCUAAUCUAAGUAAUGGUGACCUAAUUUCUGCCUAAAGGCCAAGUCUGAAAACGGGUGUGGAAAAUAACAUGACAUUUUUCAGAUCUGAAAGAAGAUUCGGACUGGAGAACCGGGCGACACACCCCCACCAAGAAUUCCCAGCAGGAGUACCGCCCCCCUUCCGGAGUAGACUACGUUUUAUUUUCUCGGAGAAGAAAAGCGCUCAUUCCUUUUUUGACGAACAAACAUUGUUAUUUUUGGGAUAAUUAUAGGUGCAAGAACCUUAACUUUUUCUUUCUCCCAGAUUGACCUGAGUGUCAAUCAUGAGUCAGAAUAAUCCACAUGUGUUUUAUUUUCGGAAGAGCAAUUUUUGUAUUUCCUGUGUGUAGACACUUAGGUAUUUUUUUAGGUAUUUUUAUUUAUUUGCCACACAAUUACAUUACUUAAAAAUGCCAAAAAAAAAAAAAAAAAAAAAAUGUAGGAAGAGAUGGCGAGGAGGCCUAAAAGAAACUAUAGAGCUUAUGUUAAUUAGGCCUCCUCAAUUACAAUUUUUCGAAGAUGGCAUAAAAAUUACGGCGACGGGUACAGUAUAAUAUCAGGUGAAAAAUUAAACUAAUCAAUAUUACGGAAGUUUACAUGUACAAAUGUUGAAUAUUAAAAGGCUUUUUCCCAAGAUUUUUGUUGAAGUAUACUAAUAAUUAUUACAAAUAAAUGCCUUAAGUGCUCUUUUUUAAAGGAGAAAGGUGAGGAAGCGUUGAUGAUGUUGGUGUUUAAGGUGUUGUAAAAUUUAGGUCCUUGAUAAAAAACGGAAAAUUGCUUGGUUCGAGUACGACAGAAAGGCAGACGAAAUUUACACGAGUUUCUUGUAUUAUACGAAUGAAUUUGACUUUGUAAGGUAAAUUUACAAUGAAAUUUUAAAGGUAGAGUAUGGUUUUGAUAGGAGUACAUGAAUAAGCCUAGUUGUAUUAAGUAUAUAUCACUUUCCCUGAUUUGGAAAGCAGAGGCGACUAGGCGUGAUCAAUGAGGCGGAGGUGAGGCUUUCCUAAUCUCCUUUUACCUUCUCCGCCAGCUGACCAAAUAUUUUAUUAAUAAGUUAUUUCUAGUCAGCUCUGUUACCCCGACUGAACGCCUGUCAUCUCUCUCCUUACAAACACCUCGCUUAAAUAUCACGCCAAAAGUAGAUCAGCUGAAACGCCGGCGAAUGUUGCAUUCAUUUUUACUGUAUAAAGUUCUCGGCCUUUCGAUAUUGCAAACAUAUAAAUUUUUUAACUUUACUAACGACUCUACAAACAAUACAUUUUAUGACAAAUAACCGUAUACAAUGCUUAAAUUUACUCACCAUAUAUUGACAUCCAUGUCCAAUACUGACGACAAGAUACGAGUGGGAAAAUACUUUUCUCAACUUGCCUACGAGCGGACAAGUUGUCGAGUGGAAAAUGCAUCUCAUCAGUUGACUGGGGACGGUGUCUAAGUUGUCGAGUCGUACGAGUGGACAAAUUGUCGAGUGGAAAAUGCAUCUCAUUUGUGCACUAAAGCAAAGAUCCGACAGGAGCCACGCGAAGGAACAAGCGCGCUACACACACUGUGUAUGCCUCGUUCUUUAAGCAAAAAUCCGACAUAAGCCACUCGAAGGAACAAGCACGCUACGUACUGUGUAUGCCUCGUCCUUUAAGCAAAGAUCCGACAUAAGCCACUCGAAGGUCAUAUAGAUCUGCAUUGAAGGGUUUUUACUAAGAUUAACUAAGUAAAAGGUCCUCUGUUCUGAUCUUUAGUACUAACUUAUUAUAAACGUUAAUUGUAGAAACUGAAUAUGUCAAGCCCUACAGGAAUAGGCGAGCAGCCGAUUCACUGAAAAACACCACGGGAGCUAAAAUUACAGUUGACAGGGAAACAAUUCUGAAGAUAAACAGAGUUUUAUCCGAGCUAAAACCUCAACUGUGUCAUUCAAAUGGCGAUAGCUGUCUCCCAGGCCCUCCCGGUUCACAGGGACCAAGGGGAGACAAAGGAUCCCGGGGAAGAAGGGGACACAAAGGAGACCAAGGCAUUAUGGGAUCUCCUGGAAAAAGUGGCAAGCAAGGCAUCAUGGGACCAGCAGGUCCGAAGGGUGAUGUUGGACUCAAGGGAAAAAAAGGAGACCUGCAGGCAUGCCGGGAGGUAAAGGAGAACCUGGUGAAUCGAUUUCAGCUCCUUUUGUUGCUGUGUCGCCUAAAACGCUGACAGUUAACGAAGGUGGCUCAGCGUCGUUUCAUUGUUCAGUGAGUGGUAAUCCUGAUCCUGCCAUAGUGUGGAGUAAAACGAUCAGACAGUACAGUCAGACAGUGGUUUCAGGAGGAAAAAUGCUUCUGAAGAAUGUGCAAGAAAGUGAUUCGGGUACAUACAACUGUUCAGCAGUGAACAUUUUAGGACAAGCCCAGGCACUGGUGCAGCUGAUGGUAAAUGGUAAGAUCGCUAUGAGAUAGUUAAAUGCAGGAACAUUUUUGCCUGGAUGCUGCUACCUGUCUGGCUCGGUUGAAUUCUUUCGCAAAAAAGUAAAAUAAAUAAAACUGGAUAUCGUUUUCUACCUACGCUACUGAUGCAUUUCAAAGCUUAGUUAAUCAGCUCUAAGGCAGUUUUCCACAUUAAAUUGUAAACAAUCAAACAGACCAACAAACAAGAUGUUUUUAAAAAAAAUAAAAGUUCUAUACUGAAAGUUGAAGUUACAAAGAAUGAUUGUUCAGGAAACGAAUUCAGUACUUCGGCUAAAACUCUGAAGUCUAGGUCUUAAUUCCUUUCUUUGUUGUAGUUCACCCCCAAGUUUCUCUUCAUCCGGGACCUCAUUAUGCUAUUGAAAGAAGUAGUUAUACUCUUCCAUCCUGUCACGUGACUGGGUAUCCUGCGCCAGUGGUCUCAUGGAGAAAGUCAUCCGGUCCAUUACCCCAGGGAAGGGUGAAGUACAACAAUAGUGCAUUACAAAUACUACAUGUUCGUAAAGCUGACUCUGACCUCUACUACUGUGCGGCAUCAAACCUGUUAGGACGGGUUGAGAAGAAAACUCUCUUAGUUGUUGUUUCUCCUCCUCGGUUCACUGUUAAACCACCUGCUAAAGUUGUCGCGUGGGUUGGUGGUAUAUUGAUUUUAAACUGUAGCGCUACUGGUGAUCCUCAACCAGUCCUCACCUGGAAAAAGCAAGGAGGUCAACUGCCAGUCGGGAGGAACCGACAGAUUAAUGGCAAUUUGAUGAUCAGAAGCGUCACAGUACCAUUUCAACUUUAUUUUAAUACAGUCUAUGUAUAAGGCAAUACUUGAAAUAACACAAAAAACACAUAUAGUAGAACUCAUUUAUGCCAUUUGCUUUAUCAUAAGACACAAGUAAGACAUUCUGAAUGUUGCCCAUUUCAGUUUGUUAAGCGGUAAUCUCUCACAGCUGGUCACACUGUUGUCUAGCGGCAGAAACUGACUCCCUGAAAGGUCCUAUCAAUUAAUUUUCGUACAGCUGAGAGAUGGCAGUUGUCUCAUUAUAUUGGAUUGUGAUAUCAUAGUUUCAUGCCAAAACAUUCAUUCAAUAGUCGUAAUAGGCCACUUGUUGAUCUGCCCUUGUAUUUUUUUUUUUGACUUGCUGGAUCUACACCCUUUUCACACUGGUUGCAAGACCGACAGUUCUUCCUAGCAUAACUUCCUAACACCAUCUUCCUUAAGUGACCAUUUCAGUAAAACUUGAAAACAGUAGAAACAUGCAGUAAAAGUAAGCAAAGUUAUUGAUAAAAGCCCUAUCAUCAUUUUUCAUGUGAAAAGUUGUUUUCAUUGGCGUCACAUUUUUACAGUACCCUGUUACUGUAAACAGCAACCUAAAGCACUGAUAUUUUGCUUCCAGGAAAGAUGACCAUGAAGAAGUUCUGGUAAGUCCCUCACCUCUUCAUAUUUUAAUCAACACCUAUGAUUGGUGAACAUUUAAACAAGUUAUCAUGAAAAAAUGAUUAGAACAUGUAUGACAACAAGCCAUUAACUUUCCACAGAGUGCAAUCACAAGAUGAACAAAAUUAAUGAAAUGCAUCUUGCAUUCAUUACAAAUUUUACAAUAAAACAUACAGGGUACAUGUAUUGCUUUGACUUGGAAUUAAUUCUGUGAAUGCUUUUGUCAGGUUGUGACAAGUCCUGAGAAUUCUCCAGCAAAGGAAACAGGCAAAAGAAAAAAGAAAAAUAGUGUAGCUACAAGGAAACUCUUUCAAAAAGAUGAAGAUGUGGAAGAAAGUAACAGGUUUGUUUGAUGUGUUCCUGAGAUAAAAACCCCUUGAGAUGAAAUUAUUUGCUACGGAAGAAAACCUUUGUAAAGAAUAACAUCAGAGUUGCCUUCCAUUUUUGUUUACUCGAGGGUUCCUUUCAGUGUUUCCGUCAUAACAAGGCAAGAUAGGGUUUUUGUAAAGAAUUUUUAUCUUUUAUCUCCUUUCAUUCGUGUCUCUAGGAUGCAAUACCAACUACCUUGCACUAAAGAAAACUUUGAAGACCAUCAUCUUAAAUGAGUGUAAAAGUGGUAGUUUUUAAUCUGUUGGGGAUGCUACACGAAAAAGUAGAUUUUUCAUAUUCGUUGGACAUGACUACUCUGACAAUAUGAAUGUUUUACCGUAAAUCAUGUCCACUGUCAAUUCGGUCGCAGAGUGAAUGACUUGGGGAUCUAUUUUGUAUGGGUUUCCUGUGAAUAGAACAAGAGGACGCUUGACUGCCACAAAAUGUAUUUUUUGACUCCACAUCAAUUUUUGAGUUGUGUAGUUGAAAUGGAUCCUUUGUGUCAGUACUGAAUUAAAACAUGGGGACAGUUGUUUGGCUCCAGCCUGAGCAGAUGCGAAGGAGACUACCGAGAAACUGGGUAUGAAGUUGGUACCUUGGGCUGCCUGUGUAAAAUUAUAAUUUAGUGGCUCAAACUAAAAAAAUAAAAGGACAACAGGCGUGCACAGUUGGCCCGUGAAAUGACAAAACUCAAAGCAGGAAACACUUAUUAUUUUUGCACAUUAAAUAUGUUUUAUCUUUUAAGUAAGGGAAUAGCAAAGUACAAUGUAACCACUUCACAAGCUUGAUAGAAAUUGUUUUUCUCUGUUAGACUUUUGGAAGAUGAAAAAGAAAUUGCAAACAAUGCUACUGUCUUAAAGCUGCUUCUAACAAAGACGAGCCUUGCAGUUCCAUCUUUGCCUCCCGGCCUCACAUGUAACAAAGCUGUCAUUGUAGACCUUGAAACUGCUCCAAAUGACUGGCAAGAUGAUCAUACAUGGCAAAAAACAAGAGCUCCCAUGAAGAAAAGCUAUGAAGUCAAACGCAAUGCCAAUGGAGAGAUAAUUGAUAUCAGCCGUUCAUCUCAUGAAGCAAGUGGUACUUAUACGAUGGAGCGCCACAGGUACACCCAUGCUAACUCUCCAGACUUUCAUCGGCUUGUGGUCACAGUGCAGGAAAGUGAUGGUAAUUACAUCCCUUUUGCCUUUGUGCAGUAUCGAUUUGAUGGAAAUGAACACUUUGUUAGGAACAAACCUCAUGGAAAUGCAAAAUCUAAGGAUCCCUUCAUUCCCACUAAAAAAAGCACUCUUGAGAAACUUACUGCUGCAGUUAAAUCUCAAGGUGUAAAGAGGGCAGUUCAUGAGGUUGAGGUGGCUGUUGGGAGUAUGUAUGCAGACUCAGCCUCAUCAUUGCCUCGAAAUGAGAGGCAAGCUAGGUAUCUAAAAUCAAAAGACAAAGAAACCUCCAAAAGUGACCCGGUUUCUGCCUUGUUAGACAUGCAGUUGGAAGAAGAGAAACCAUUUAUUCGAUCAGUCACAGUCGACAGAAAUUCUCCCAUCAUUGUACUGUUCUCAGAUGAACAAAUCAAGGACUUAAAAAAGUUCUGUUGUAAUGAGGACGGACCAAAUUCACCAUUGUGCAUUGACAUGACUUUCAACCUUGGAAACUUUUAUGUCGUCGUGACUACAUACAAGCAUUUACAACUGCUUACCAAACGAAGUAACAAUGAACCUGUUAUUUUAGGGCCUGUAAUGAUGUGCAUGAAAAAAGACAGGCCAACGUACCAAUUUCUUUUCCAACAAAUAAAUUCUCAUUGUCCUGAAAUUAAAGAUCAGUUUAAGGCAUAUGGUACAGAUGUAGAGCUCCCUCUUAGAAAGGCUCUUGAACUAGAAUUUCCGUUUGCUUUGGGCUUUGUCUGCAGGACGCACAUAGUAAGAAAUCUUGAGCACAAGUUGAAGACUGAACUGAAUUUGUCAGACAAGUUCUUUAGAAAAGUAGUUGCAGAUGUUUUUGGAGACAAAACUCAGGAGGGACUUGUACAAUGUACUACACGCGCAGAGUAUGACUUUCUCCUUUCAAAGUUAUGUGUUAAAUGGGACAGAGAUGAAAGUGAGGAACGUGCCAAAAAAGGGGACACACAAGAACCGAAAGCUGCCAAAUAUUUCAUGAAAAAUAAGGCCGACAUUGUGUAUCAUCACUGUAGAUCUGCAGCACUCCGUGAGGUAGGCAUUGAUGUUGAAUUAUUUGAUAACAAUGACCCAGAGAGUAUCAAUGCAUUAAUCAAGAAAUGGGAGAAUGAAGAAAAGAGUGAUAUUCCAAAGUUUGUACGUGAUAUAAAGGAAUUGCAUGACAAGCAAAGGCAUGACAUUUCAAGAGCAUUUUGUGGUACACCUGGUUUGUAUGCUGUCAAAGAGGAUUAUGCUGAGUUUGCUGUGGGGGCAGAGUUCUGGAAACUUGGCCAGUGUGAAAAAGUGAAGUUCCUGAAUAAGGUUUCUGAUCUUCCUCUCCAUCCAAACCAAAGAAAACAAGACCCACUCGAGCCCAUUGGACAUCUGCCAUUUCUGCCUAGUGAAGUUUCAGCUCUUAAAGCAAAAGUGGCAAGGAUUCUGGAUGGAAAUAUACGUGUAGGUUUCUCUGGUCCAAAAUCACGCAUUGUUUGCAGUGACUCAGGUGAACAACCCCAUUUAGUUUCUGCAGUUAGCAAUCACAAGUACAAAUGUGAUGCCUCUUGCCUUCAGUUCAGAACAAGGAAAGUUUGCUCACAUACACUUGCAGCUGCAUCAGACAACAAAGAUUUACAGGAGUUUGUUAAUGUUUAUCGUAGUGAAGACAUCACUCCGAAUAUCACACCAGUUGCCACUGCUGGAGGAAACAAGUUUGCAGGUCGUAAACCUGGGGAUGUUCCAAGGGUGAGAAGAAGGAGCAGUGAACCCUUAAGUGCAGUUGCUGGACGGUCCACUCUUGGGGAGGUACUUUCAGAUAUACCCCCAGACUUUUCCCAGCUCCAUUAUCAGAGUAAGCACCAAGGUGGAUUGAAGAUGGUAUUUACAAGGGUAUCUGCACAGAGGCCUCCUAAGCCUGUAUCAACUAGCAGAAGUGAUGAGCCUUUUCAGCUUAUUGACAUUCAAGGUAACAUUCGCAAGUGUUUUGGAUGUGGACUGCCUCUCAGGGAUGGGCCACCAAAGUACGGUGCAGAUUAUUUGGACUCACAGUACUGUUUGCGGCACAAAGAGGAAGACCACUUUUACUGCGAGAAAUAUUCCAAGUGGAUUCCUAAAAUUGAAAACAAACAUUUUCAUAUUUCAAAAGAGUGUGUUUUAAGAAAACAUCAGCAGUUUAAUUCCUCCACUGUUGAGGUCGCCUUAAAACACACUUUGACAGUCAGGGACAAGGCGUUCCUGACAGCCAGACUUUAAAGUAAGGGCUGUGACCCUGUCUGCUUGUGCAGAUGAGAAAAACCAUUGACGAAAUCCAGGCUUUGGGGGUAAUGAUUCCGAUAUCUGAAAUCCUUGUAUUAAGAUGUCAAAAAUUUUAUAUUAUUAACAGGAUGCCAUCACUGAAAAACUAAUCACACAUAAAGAAAUAAUUAACUUGCAUUAAUGUUAAUCCCUAUUUUUACCCCCUCUGCCCUUGCACUUUUGAGAGAAAAUGAGAAGCUGGUCAGUGCUAUCACUAAGGGAAGGGGCCAUAGAUUCUCCCUAGCUACUACAAGCACCCCCCUCUCCGUUUAGCAAAAAUAAUACCACCCCCAUCCCCUUCCACUUUAUGCCAGGCUUGUACAAGCGUAUAGUAUUCUAUUUACACCAAUCUUGCCCACGCUCCGAUGCUAAGUGAUGGAGAAAUCUGGCGGCCUCUUCCGGAUAAAGAAUACAGGCCCGACAUACUAUGGGCUGGGAUGAGGUGGGAAGAGAGAAAAAUAAACCAUCCAAAGGAGGUGCCAUUAAGUGUGUAGAGCGGGCAAGGCGAGGUGCAUGGCCAUAACAACAACCUGUGUAUGUGUCUUAUACUAGUCGAUUGGGCAAGACCACUGUUACCUGUAAAUAGCAGCUACAUCACUACAAGUAUAACGAGGGACGUUUUUGCAUGGAUCAGACCCUUUAAUUUUAUUUCUUUUAUAUUUAUAUAUAUUUUUUCAGUGCGGUGGUAAUGACACUUUUACACACUUUGACAAUAGUAGCCAUCCUCAGAUUAAGUUGCCAUGAGGAUAACACACAUCAUCAGACGCAAAAACAAGCAAAACAACAGUUACGAGUUCCUCCCUCUACCCAUACCUCAAAAACAGUGUUCGUUUCGUUUUGUUAUUGUUUUUCUUCUUGUCAUGUUUUUCAUUCUCUGCUUAAAACAGCAUUUCUACCAGUAGCAAGCAGUUUUAAUCUCUAAAACAGUGACUACCAUGAGGAGUUUGGUUAAGUAUAUAAGUUUAGACGUUAACAAGUUCACAAUUUAGUUGUGUGUUCUUUCUACCUUUCGAAAUCUACGUGAACUAUAAUGUUGAUAUUAAAAGCAAAAUUUACUUUAAUCCAAGUCUUACAGUCUUACCAAACCAUCAAAUUCAGAAAAUCGUGAAAACCUGCAUAACUGUGUGAAGACCGAUCACAACAAAGAACAGGAAAUGCAAGCAAACCACAAACUAGUUACCUUUGCUGAGUUUAUGUAACACUUCACGUUUCAACACAAAAACAUUCCAGAAAUGAUUCAGCUGUUAACGAUUUUCUGGGUUUCAAAGUAAACUAUUAUAAUGUAUGUAGUUAUAAAUUAUUGAAAUUUGAUCGUUAAAUAAAAGUGAUAUUGUUCCUGUUCUACAACCAUGAACUCUUUUCGACUGUUGUCAUCCUAUUCAUACUAACACUGAAUGUAAGAAAAGUCGUCCAGAGAUAUAUUGAUGUCUUCAACAUCCUUCAGACACCUAGCCAUUUUAGCCCGAUGGCAGAAACAAAACGGAGCGCUGGACCAGAUAGACAAUGUUAUAUCGACCCAGAGGUGGUUUUCGUGUUCAGCGGGUUUAGUGAAAACAAGGGUACGAAGGGAAUUCUCAGUCUCGCGGGCUCACACGAUACCUUGAUUUCUUACCUCGAUAAUCUGCACUUCGGCAUCCUCUGCAAAUAAAUUGAAGACAUUCAGUAGUAAAUUAGGCCAUCUAGAACGUACAGAAGGCCUUCUUGAAAGCCAUGACAAAGCAAAAUAAUAGGAUGCAAAUGGUUGCAUGGAACUUACCAUCCCACGCGCACGCCGACGCCAUUUUUAGAAUCUGCAACACUCGGGCUAUGUGACCCCGUUGGUAUCGGGCAGCGGUAAAACCAAGAUGGCGGAAGAAAGUGGCGGGAUUUUGUUGUUCACGUAGCCGUAGUAGGUGCGAGCAGUCGUCUUGUUUAGCAGCACGCAAAGUUUUGCGGAUACUGGCGAUAUAUUCGUUUGUCAGCCUUCAUAGUACAAGCAUAUAAAUUUUAUUUGUAUCUUGGAAGCACUUUAUCCGGUCACCUUUCGAGCUUCAUGGUAAAAUGUGCAAGACGGAGUGAUGGUAGGAGACUUUAUUAUUUGUUUGCUUGCGUUUUUUAAUAUAUUUAUUUAUUUAUUAUGUAUUUUUUUUAUUUAAAAAAAAAAGAGUGGUCCAGAAGGGGGUCCAAAAAGGGGUCCAAAAAGGGGUCCAAAAGGGGGGUCCAGAAGGGAGGGUCCACGUUUUGUCUACACCCCAAAAGAAACACGUUGCUUAAUGAUAUAAGAUGCACCACAGCGCAAAUCGAAAUUAUAAGAUGUGCUUAUUUUAAUUUCCUAAUCGACCAGCCAUAAAAAGCCAUAAAAAAGAAAACUUUCUCGUGCUUGAGCAAAUUAAUGAAAUUAAGCCUGGGUGAGCUGUCAACAUUUUCGGGUAACAUUGCACUGUCACACUCAAGGUCGUUUUUGAGAAACGCCUGUCAACAGGAUGUGAGGCAUUUUUAUGCCUUGAGUCUACCUUAUUUGUACUGCUAAGUGUCUUUACUCUUAAAGAGACCAUUUGCCUGAAACUUUAGGCAUAACCACGACCCAAGAAUGCAAAAAGUCCUCUUGAAUGAACACUUAUUAAUUAGAAAAAAUUAAGGUCAGUGUAAUGUACAUGUAUCAUUGAAUGAAGCGUCUCUAAACUAAUUUGGUUAGUAAAACCGCUAUCGUUGCAGAGUAGCUUAAAGACAAAGUUAUAUCAACAAAGCACUACGAAGUUCAUUAUUAGUUUGUUGUUAAAAUAACUAAUAAUGAAGAAUACUAACACGCACGCAAAGCAGUCAAAACAAUCCCUGAAGCAGAUUUGAUAUUAAAUUACAGAGUAAAUGCAGAACUGUUUCCGGUAAUCCGCGAUUCAGUAUGUACGAAUGUUUUAAUUUUUUGUGUGUUUGAAACUGAUUCAGUGUGCAUGCUUAGUUUUAACAGUGAAGAGGUACGUAAAAAACUUUCAGCUUUCUACUUUUUUUAUUUUAUUUUAUUUUAUUUUUUAUUUGGAAAAUAAAUUCUUUAGAUGGCAUCGCCGGAUCCACCAUCCUUAGCAAUCUUGACAGCAAGUACCUUGUACAGCUGAAUUCAUAUCUAGACCCAGUCCGCCAGACUACAGGCCGCAGCAGCUUUGUGAGGUGUUGGCACGCUAAGACAGAUAGUUGGGCGGCAUCAACAUUCCACAGCAACUGUGAUGGAAAGGGUCCCACUGUAACCAUCGUCCAAGUCGGUAGUUACAUAUUUGGUGGAUAUACUGACAAGUCUUGGGGUGGUAUGUAUCAGUUUAUAACAGCCUUAAUGACACACAGAUCAUACAUGUUCAGCGUUUCCGUGUGGACGGGUGAAAACGAUUCUAAUACGCUUCGCGUAGGCGCAUAUUUUUUGUGAAUAAAAUCCUGAUACGUGUGUACUGGGCCUUAAACCAGAGUUUUUGUUGCCCGAAAACGCCGUUUAUGUGUAAAUGGAAGCCAAAAAAUAAUGUUCGGAUACAUGUGAAUAUUAGGCCUCUCUUUAAGUCACUGACACCGUUGGCAUAAAGAGACACUUUUAAAUUUUUUUUUCUGUCGGGAUUAUUCUAUUUGUCUUUUAAAAAGAUUCUUUUUAACGGAUUGGAGGUACUGAAAUGCGUUCACACCGAACAAUCGGUAAAUUGGUAGAUUGUUAUUAAAUGGAGUUACAUUAAAUGAAAGAACAAGCUAGUUGAGUAAAUAAAUACCAAAGCGAAAAUGCCUGAAAUUUCAUUUUCUCUACAACAGUUUACUAGCAGCUCUAUAAUGUGUAGGAAAGUACUUUUUUUAAAACAACUUAACUGAUUUUUGUUGAGGACUAGUGUGUUGCCUGGCUUUGUUAAACGUUAAAGCAUUUUCUAUCAGAAAGGUUUUAAGGUGAAAAAUUUCCAACUUCGAACACAGAUAUUUAUAGCUGUCAUUGUCGCCCUUGCUACUUGAAGUGUUUUGAAUAAUCUAAAUUAAUAUCUGAAAAAUGUCUUCCCACAGGUUCUUGUCGUUCUGUCUAUUCAAGUAAAUCGUUCCUGUUCUCGUUAUAUACACCGAAUGCAAAUAUGGCAGACCUCGCGGCCGGCCCGGGUCUAGUUGCGCGAAAGCGAGGCUAGUUAGGCCUCGAGAGUUUUGUUUUGACUGCGCGUCUUAGCGAUUGAGUCGAUCGAUAUGGUUUGCAUCGAGUUGUUGCAUGCCUGAGGGCCGCCGAAAAGAAGAUUUUAUUCUAGCUGGAAUAGCCUUUACUUUCCCGAGAUCUUUUCACAAAGAAACUUAAGGAUUCAUGCGAUUCGGCGCGGCGAUGAGAAGCACUUUACAGCGAAACUGUGCUCGCUCACUUGCUUUAGAUAAGAAGACUCACGAAAGUAUUUGAAUUAAUUAAUUUUCACAAGAGAUGGUGCUGUUCCAAGAUGUUUGCAUGGUCUGUUAUUUAUCCAACAAAAGGUAAACAUUCUCGAGAAUGGGAACAUCCGCAGUGGACCGUAAGAUCUUUUAGAUUUCCCGCUGAAAACAGCUGCAUUAAAAUAUAACAACAAAAAUAACAAUCGCCUGUUAAUCCUACAAGCGUGGCCUGCGAAACUAUGUAAGAACCAGAAGAAAGCGACAUAUUUCAGGAACAGUCCUUGACCAAAAUGCACUGAAAAAACUAACGGAGGAACCGUUGCCAACUAAGAAAGUAAGAAGAAGAAAAAACGUUCUGGAAGAAAAAGAGAUCAAAAGAGCGUGCAAGUAUUCGAGCAUGAUAGUAUUUGACCUUGCGCGUGAUCUAUUUUAUAGCAACUUGUCGAAUGGUUUCGAGAUAAACUAACAGCGAUUUUCCAAAAUUGCUUCUUUUAUGGUACUGCUCAAACUUUUGAACACAGGAUCGUGAAGACUGUCAAAAAACAUUCGCCCUUGUUAGUUGUCGUUGUGUCCCUGAGAGCGCCUAAAGAUUAGUAAGUCGCGACGGCGGAUUCACUCGUCCUCAAGGAUAUUUACCUUUCCGUGGUAAGAGAACGGACAAAGCAAACUUGAAACAGAACCAUGAAUCUUUAAGUUAUUCACCCAUUCUAAUAGUUUCGUGAGUCUUCUUUUCUGAAGUGAAGCGAGCACACUUUCGUUCCUUUAAAAAAUAACUCCGUGAUAGUAGAGUGCUUUCAUUCGUCGCGCCGAAUCGCUUGAAUCCAUUUCUUUCUUCGUAAAGAACCGUGGCAAAGCGAAGAUAAUCAACUUUCGUGUCUGCUGGAGUUAAAUCUCCUCUUUGAUGGCUCUUAAGCACGUAACAACUCGAAGGAAACCAUAUUCAUCGACUGAAUCGCUAAGACGCGCAGUCAAAACAAAACUAUCGAGGCCUCACUAGCCUCGCUUUCGCGCAACUAGACCCGGGCCGACCGAGAGAUCCGCCAUAUUUGCAUUCGGUGUAUAACAUCAAUGGCUACGCUCCUGUUAAGGUGAACAUCAAGUCAAGUUAUUACAGUAAAGCUAUUUACACAUGUUCUGAUAGGGGGCCAUCCUUUGGUAACGGACACGACCUAUACAUAUCCAACAACGCUGCAAGCAACGGCAAUUCCUACACCUUCUGCGGCGACAACUACCCCCUCCCCCCGGGGUACUCUGCAUCUGGUCACUCCUGUCGAUUUUAUGCAGGUGGAUCCAGUAUCUACUUCACUCCCACUGAUGUUGAAGUGUUUUACGAGACAACAACCUAAAUCCUAUAAAGGUAGAUCACGUCUGCCAAUCCAAGCCGAGUAUAAAUACAUAUAUGGACGCGGUUUCGUAGACUCCCAAAGGAAAGUGUUUUAAAUGGAGGUUUUCGUUUCAAUUAAGUAAUAAAUUCUUUUUAAUAAAAACUGGUAAAAAAAUUAUUUUAAAACCAAUUCGGAGAUCGAUCAGGAGCCAGUGAAGAUUCACAAGAAGCUGUGUUCUGCGCAUGUUGGAGCUUUUAUCAUGCCCUUUUAGGCACACCAUUAUAUAGCAACGAAUUACAGUAUUCAAGGUUUAGAAUGUUUAGCAUAUGGUUGCAAUUUUAGUGCACUGGGUUAAGUUAAAAACUGUGGUCAAAACAAUUUAGACUCUGAGUCUCGCAACAAUCAGCAUCAGAAAAUAUUCAAGGGUGGGGCUUACAGGAAUAGUUUAGACAGUCGAACUCCUCCGUCUCUUUUCUCGUACAACGAUCUGUAUGCCUUGAUUUUUGGCUUAUAUCUGCAUGUUGACAAAGAGAGGACUUACAAGCACCAUUUUUGCUUCACCUUUGCCAUUCAACCAGCACGAAGCUGUAUACUAACUUCCUUUACUGGUGAUGGGUAACUAAAAUACAUUGUUGCUUCUCUGUUUUCAUUGUCACCGCCAUCAAUAAUGAAGAAGAUGCAAACCAGUCAAUACAGAAAGUCCAGAAUCUGGGAAAUGAAAAAAAAGAUAACUAGAGAUAUACAAAAAGCCUCGCCAAGAAUCGGGUCUGUGCGAUAUUUCAUAUGAGAGAUAUUCGGAAAAGCGUUAUACCCAAAUUUAUAAAGCUUUGUAAAGAGACGCUAUGUUGGUGUCCCUUUGAGGGUCACAAAUAUGGCCGCUGGAAACCAACAGAAACAUCUGUCGUUGAGUUUUUCUUCAAAUGUGUGAAUUCAUCGCUUGAGGAACUCAUAAGAAAGAUUAUUAUAACUAUUCUGAUACAAGGAAUAUUUAGAUAGCAAAAUCUUAAAAAAUCGGUAACUUUUUUUAAACCCAAAUACAUGUAAGAUAGCUUUCCAGGCAGCCAGGUAAAUGCCGCGUCAUUUAAUCGUUCUCUAUCGCAAAACGAAGAACCCUUUCGAACCGAAAAUUUGUGUAGAUAGCGUGUUUAAGUGCUGUAAUACCUCAUGAAAGAAGCCCUCAGAAGAAGCGUAGUUUCUUAGUUUGAAUUUCGGUGACGUCAUUUGAAAACCGAGGAAAUGAUUUUUACAAAUGUUACAUACCACAAGACAAUACACAAAAAAGACUGCGAGCAACUGGAAAUCUAAAAAGUCAGGAUAAGUACGUUUCAGAUCUAUUACUAAAAAAAAUGCACCUUAUUUGAGCGUCACAUAUUAGUCUCUUAUGGUAUAAUUAGCGAUAACAAUUUAUUAAUCAACAAACCUUUUCAUACAAAUCACCAGACCACUGGCUUCUCAGCAGCAGAGUUUACCUUCCUUUGCCUCGAUUCUUUCUGUCUUGUCGAUUGUGUUUUACUGCGCCGGUUUUCUGAGAGUAGAAUUGGAGCUGAACAAACAGAAGAAGAGAAUAAACGAUCUUGAAAACAACGAGGAGACUACGUCGCUAGACGUUCCUAACCAGUUAGCUAAGAAAACUCGUGGUAAGUUUCUAUUUCAUCUGGUUUAGCAUUGAUACCAAUGUGCUACCAAUGCGUUUUUAUUUUUUCUUCAAAGACAAAUCUUGUAAGUCCAGAAAAUUUUGCGUAUAGAUUUAGUGUGUAUACGUAUUCGUGGCGCAGCGUAGAACAAAACCAAGGAUGAACAUGCAAAAAUCUUGUUUUGGGAACAGGCAGUUUAUUCAAGUAUUAUUUUUCCUUACAUACAAUAAACCACUGGAUAUAACUAAUCAGGGGUUCAUAUUGAUACACUCAACUACGGUCCAUAUCAAAGAUCAAAAAAGAACACUAAGUUACAAACAAUCAGAAACUGCCUAUGGAGUGGGUGGGAGAGAAACUGUAAAAUGUAACCCUAGCUUGCUGUUUACAGACGUCCACCUCCCUUUAGAAAAAAAAAAGAGGGGGUCGUCAGUGCAGUAAGGCUAAAUGUAACUAGAAAAGCUUAAUCUUGAUUGCUUGUUUGCUUUAACACUAAAAUGCGCUGAAAUUAUAGUCUAAUAAUAUAAAAAAUAAGCACUAUAGUCGUAAAUGCUAGCGUGGUGUAUUACAAUUGGUUCUCUGUAGUCUUGUGACUCCCAUACAAUGUAUGUUGCUCAAUUCUGAAAUAGGCCCACUCCAGUAAUUUUCAAACUGCUUGCUCCUUGCCCAGACCUUUCCGGCGUUAUUAUUGUCCACACUCAUAUUAAUCAGAUUAAUAUUUACCAAAAACAAACAAAAAUCGACCACUUAAUGAUCUUUUUUUCUCAUGAGUGCGUGAUGGCUGCUCCAGAGUAAACUGCCUUAAUUGUGCUUAAGUGACUGAAAUUAAAACGAAGAUAGUUUUCUUAGAAUAAGAUUGUAAUGGGAAAAAAGAUCCUUGUGCCGAGUUUGGAUGCAAUAAUGAUCGCCUUUUUCUGGUUUAGUAUUAGAAAUAUGGUCUUUCACUGUGUAUUUCUCGGGAAAAAGGCGAUCAUUAUUACAUCCAAACACGGCACAAGGAUCUUUUUCCCAUUACAAUCUUAUUGUAAGAAAACUUUACGAAAAAAUGUCCCGAAAAGCGCUCGAAAAUACAAACGAAAUGUGCUCUUGCCCCCUGGGCAUCCUAUAAUACUCCUUAAAUCGAAUUAAUUCAAUAUGGCCGCCGUAUCUGUAAAAAAGGUCUAUUUCUGAUCCUAUUGUUUAAAUGCAUUAGGAAUAUAGGGCCUAAAUACAUUAGAGAUUUUUUGAGCAUAAGAGAAACGUCUUACAAUUUAAGAGGAAAUGGUGUUAAUCUUUGCGUUUUCAAAUUUAAUCUUAAUUUUAUGAGAAACUCUUUUACUUACAAGUGCGCUCAACUGUGGAAUAAAUUCAGAUGUCAAGCUGGCCGAUAAUGUUAAUAUUUUUAAGUCUAAGCUAUGAUCAAUUCUGCUGUAGUUUUUAUAUAUUUUUAAUUCUUUUUUGUAAUUUUUUAUAAUUUUUUAUAUUCAUGUGUACAUAGAUUAUAGAUUAUAUAUUUAAUUUUUUUUAUACUAGAUAUUAUUAUCAUAAUUGUAGAUUUAAUGCACCUUCGUAUUUUGAACGAGUACUUGUGCUCUUAGACGAUAACGUCGUUAAAUAAAUUAUUGUUAACGUUAUUGUUGCUGUUAUUGGUAGCAGUCAUCCUCAAUGUUUUUGUUUCACCAUUUCAGCUACGACAAACUCUUUUUCCAAUGCUUAAAGGCCAGACGCACCUGAUUGAAGAACUUUACUCAUUUUUUGAAGAUACAAAGCCCCCUGUGUGGUGAGAUAACAUAAUUAAAAUUAAUAAAUAAAUGCAGCAAGAAUAAAUAAAUAAACAGUACGAUCCACUCUUAUCCAUUUGGUACGGAAAAAUAAUCAGUUCUUCAUAAAACGACUUUAUCGUGUUCUGUUUGUUUUUCAAGUUCUGAUGAUGAUUUCGAGGAAUUUGAGUUUGGAAGUGGCAGCGAACCAGAGGUAUGGUAUUAUUGUUCUCUUUUUUAAACGUAAGACAUUAGAUUUAAACACGAAUUCACCAAAAAUAUAUUCUUAACUUAACAAAUUCUGCGCGUUGGGUUAUUUUCCCUGUGGCCGUAAUUAACCUUUAAAGAAUUUCGGUCAAGGAGGGAGCGUUUUAGAGCCACUUAAUAUAUUCAUCAAAACAAACAAAUACAGAAACAGAAAUAAGAGAUAGAACUUUGAGUCGUAGUUUAAGGUUAGUUUAACUUCUUGUGAUGAUUUUUGAAGGUGGACGAUUUUGAAGAAGUGGAAAUACCAUGUUUUGUGGAGCCGAAGAAAAUGAAAGGUCGCCCUCCAAAAGAAACUCAGAAAAACAAUACAAGAAAAACAAAAAACCUUGUGGGAUAGCUAAAGGUUCAAAACAACAGGGAAAUGCAAGCAAACCGGCAGGAAAUAAAACUAUAACAAAAACUAACCUCACUAAGGGAGGCAAGCAAUGUACUCUUCUAGGGGGAUCCGUCGGAGAAAAUGAGGGGGGAAAUCUGAAACACCCCCCUAGUAUUCCAACAAAUGGAGAAGUUACGGGGCAGGAAAGUGGAUUGGACGAUGAAAGAAAUGAGGUUCACCCUCAAGAAGGACCUUUGUCAUCAACAGCAACCUUGCUGCAAUCAGAAACUAGUAAUGACAGUUAUCACGGAGAGGAACUAAACCCGGCCUCUGGGGACACUUUAAGCCCCGAACAUGAAGAACGCGAGGUGAGGAACUACGAAAGCGAGGAACAAGAGGAUGAGGGGAAUUCUGACGUGGAGCAUGAUGGGUAUGAAGAGGAUGAAGAUGACGAUUUUCUGGAUGGUGAACCUGCUGAUUAUAAUAAUGACUUUACAAGUGGUGACUUAGAUUGUGACGUAGUUGGUGACGUCAGAAGUGAUGCUACCGCAAGUAGUUGUGGUAGUGGCGACGUUGAUAUGGCCUCUUCGGGUGUUGUGCCAGCUAAAAACCUUCAACGAAGUGAAGAAGGACAGGUGGUUCUACUAUGGACCAGGUAAGCUUUAAAAAGCCUAUUUAAGAGAGGCCGGUUUUCUCGAAAGAGCGCCCUCCUGCUGCGCCUAGGAGCUAGGAUAAUAAUCUGUUUCGGUAUUUAAUAAUGUUGGAUUAGCCCUUCUGGUUUGAAACGUUUGGGCCCAUCCAGAUUAAUUACAAACAAUCCAGCAAUACCGGGGCAAAUCUUCUCAAACGUUUACAUGUGUGUACCUUACAAGUGUAAUUUAUUACAUUUGUACAAGAUUUUUUGAGUUGGUGAGAUAAACCUCUAGACCCGAAAGUGGGUGGGUGGAAGGUAGGGUAAACUAAAAUUACAUUACAAGAUGUCUUGAACUUUUGCUUCAAUCACUUAUUGAAACUAAAUGAAUGGCCUCUGCCACAUGUUAGGCGGUAUAUAUAGCGUUAAUAAUAAAAUAGAAUAUGAUAUGGCCAACUGAUAACUAUAAUCCUAUACGCGCGUCAAAUCAAGCAUUUUAAACGAAGCUCAAAAUCAAUCAUUGAUGCACCAGUCUGGGUUGUUUACAUUUAAAUGGGACACUUAGCUUGUCCCAGGCCAGAUUGAAUUCUUUUCUUAUCUCAUUAUGUCGAGGGAAAUAAUAAUAAAUUUGUUUCUAUUUUAAUGUCUAAGAAUGUUAUUGUUCUUUUUUGUUAUUAAGGGAGGACGACCGGACGAUUUUACAAACUUGUGAACAGAUGGGUGCAAAAUCAGAAACGUUCCAACACAUAGCUGACAGUUUGAAAAACAAAACUGCAGCCGAGGUAAGCGCAUUAAGACGGCCAGAUAUCACAGCUGUCAUAAUGGUCUAAUCCGCUGAGCUGUAUUGUAUGGCCGUUUUGUGGACUCAGGAACCACACUCAUCAUGGCACGUAUUUGUAUAGGUAAUAGCAUGAUUUGUAGUGGUAUUUGGCAUAAAUACCACGAGUGAUAUUUCAAAAUUGUUAUAGAUAAUUUCACGAGCCGUUAGGGGAGUGAAAUUUGAGUCAAUUUUGAAAUAUCACGAGUGGUAUUUAUGCCAAGUAUUACGUACAAAUCAUGCUAUUAUUUGUUUAUACUACUACCCGCAAAGGUUUUAUAAUUUUCACAUGUAGAUAUUUCAAAUUAAGCUGAAAUACCACUGCUCUAAGCCAAUCAAAUUGCAGAAAUUUCUCAUGUAGUAGUAUAACUUUAGUAAUCCACUGGCCUGUUAGUAAUUUUUCAUUCAAAGAAGACUCUUGCUAUUUAUCAGGUGCUCCGCUUUUAGGCUGACUAAAUCCAUACAUUAGUUUACCACUUAAGAAAAAUGUAAAUGACUAAAAUGCCAUGAAAUCAUCCCCGAUUCUCACCCUUGUCUGCUUUUUCGAUUUGUCAACGUUCACUCAGUGGUUUUGCCAUCUGUUUUUUUGUACUCCUUCCCGGUACUUUUUUUUCUUUCAGCUCUUGGCGGCCUUCUUUUGUUGAAUCAAUUGUAUGUUUUACAUUUUUUCUUUCAGGUCCAAAAACGUUUCAUGGAUCUAUGAACCUUUUUAAGGCUAGUAGUGGCGAUCGAACAAGGGAAUCCACAAACGAAGAUUCUUGCAGUGAGGAUGAAGCCGAAGACGAAGAAGACAGUGAAACGAUUGGCGAAUCAGAAGGUGAACAGGCUCACGACGCCUAGCCCAACUUCGAUGAUGUAGACAUCAUUGUUACAUUCAACGGUUAAUCUGCUUCAGUUGGUAUCCAUCAGUGAACAAAUUAAAAAAGACUACAAUUGUUGAUAUUGAGCGAAAUCAAGGUAACAAAGGAUAAAGCGUUGGAUAUUCUGAAAAUAUAACAACAUCAUGCUCGUUAACAGCAGAAGCAGUUCGGGUGCAAAUUUAUAUGUACGGAUAUUUAGACAGCAUUUGGUAGCCAAUAAAUUCAAUAGUUCAAACUCAGUAACAGAAAAUCCCAAUCACUGUUCAGUGCUAACGCACGUAGCAUAAAAUACCAAAACACUUCCGUUGGUUGAAGUUAGACUUCGUUUAAGAUAAGCAAUACUCCACAGAGUUAAUUGUAAACAAAGUGUUUUGUUAGAAGGAAAAAGACCGCAGUACCACAGUGUGUUAAUGUUCGAUAUACAUCCUACUAUUGCUAAUGGUCAAGGUGAAAUUUGUAGAACAUAAACAAGUUGCAUUCUGAAGAGCAUCAAGAAUGUAUAGAAUUCCACACGCGUGUACUGCGCGGUAGCUUUCACUGAAUGGUCAUAGGACGUCAAUCAAACUUCUCAUUAGUAGACCCCUACCCUUGGGAUCAGAAAUGGUGUCCUCUCACGGGAGAUGUUAGUCAGAGAAGGUAAGGUUCGUCGUGUAAGUUUCAUAGGUAGACUGAAGAGAGCUAUACCUGUUUAAAAAACUUUUCCAUCUCUUUUCCAGGCGAUCACUGGUUGAAAUUUAGCGAAAAUAAAUUAAUCUAAGGAAAAAUAAUUAUUAAUAAAAGCGAAUGUUGUAUAUUCUGGCGGUUGUGAAUGGUGAUUGUCGUCUCCAGAGCCGCAGGAGCCUGGGCACGAUUUGUUUAGCGGCGUCACCACAACAGCUGUCGUAAAUUACUGUGCCUCCCCUCCCCGCAAACCAGACCCAUAGGAGAUGGUGUUAUCACAAAGGCUGUAGACUUCCUAUUCUGUUUUCAAAGAGGAGUGAGGAAUCUUGUUUGUUCUCUUCGAAUUGUUAAGGUAUAAAAAUGAAGGAGAAAGGAAUAGUGGCAGCCAGUGACAAAAUGACGCAACCAUGACUACCAGCAAGGUCUUGCGCGAGUUCUUUGAGUUCUAAACUAACACGGAAACGCUUGCUAUGCAGGCCAAUCAGUUUUUGAAAGGCUUUCGAGGUAUAAAUCAACCUUUCUCCAUAUCCGGUUUACUCCUCCGUUUUGCGCGCGUGGGCGACCUUUCUCCCCCGGAUAUGGAUGGAUAACAUAACAGCGAGUAUAAAUAGCACAACAAAGUUGGCAAGAUCCCCAUAUUCAUGAUGUGGUAUCGAGUAACAAGCAGAAGCAACUGUCAUAUUACAACAAACCCAUCAUUGUUCUUGUGCAGCCUACUGAAUUGUAAUCACAACAAACGAUGGCUUCUCAAAAGAAAAGUUUGCCUUCCUUUGCUUCGAUUAUUUCUGUUUUAACGAUUGUUCUUUACGGAUCCGGUUUUCUGAGAGUAGAAUUUGAGCUGAACGAACAAAGGAAGAGAAUAUAUGCUCUUGAAAACAUUGAGGAGACUGAGCCGUCCGAUGCUCCAAACAUCAACAAAAUAGUGAGGAAUGCUGGCGGUAAGUUUGUUUGAUAGUUGAGAGAAAACACCUCAAACAGAAUUUGCUAUCCUAGUAGUUUUUUCAUUCAUUCAUUCUUUCUUUUUUCUGAAAAGCAAAUUUUGUGAGUGUGGAAAAUUUUGUAUAUAGGUAUCUUGUCUUUGCAUGCUCGUGGCGCGGAGACAAACGAAACCACCGAAGGUGAGGAGGUCAGGGAGAUAAAGAAAGAUUUAAAAAAAUCUACCAUAUAAUGAACUUUGUUUUUCACAAGUAAAUGUUGGCUUCUUAGUGAAUUGCCUUGUUGUGCCCCAGCACAGCUAAAAUUGAAUAGUCUGUGUACAGACGUCCCCCCUCCGUCAGAAAAAAAUUUGGAGAAGAGACGAUAAUCGUGUUCCCGUUUCCCCGGAAUGUUGGGGACAGCCUCUGAUUGGUUGUAAUCAAGAGCCAUAAUGGCUCUUGUUGUAAUGUUAAUGCCAUGAAUGAAUCUCAGAAUGGAUUCCCCGGGGAAAAACUCAGCCUUUGUGGACAGCUUAGCGCAUUUAUAUUUGUUUACUUUGAUUUCUGCUCUCUGGAAUAGGCAUGUGAAAUUAUGAUCACCGAUGUUUGCUGCACCGGUUGCGGGUGGACGUACUGAAAUCAACGCUCAAUCAGAGAUCUUAUAUCUGGAUUUUAGCGUGGACAUUGCGUGAAGAUGUUCGGCUAUCCUGUGUACAGACGCCAGGGCCUAUUUUUUGGCCUACAUGUGCCGGUCAUGACUCAUAGAAUUAGGCAAAAGUAAGGCUAUUGUAGUUUCCUGCUGAAGAGAAGUGAACGAUCCUUUACAUGAAACCUACUCAAAAUCAUCGAAUGGAUCAACUCCUGCAUAAAACGCUUGACUGACAGACAGACUUUAUGAGCUAAAAAAUUAGAAAAAAAACUUCAAAAGCAUGAAAUACUCGUUUUAAAUGACAUUUUAGCUAGAUAUUCUAGUUAGAGCUUAGCUUAGCAAUAAAUGUUAAGAACAUCCGAGAGAAUAACAGCGUACGUGCUCUAAAAGAGUCUCCAGUCGUUUUGGUCUGUCAACACCUUUUCAACUGUCAGAUGAAAGAACAACAAAAAAUAAUUUAUGCAAAUGUAUACCGGAACACGAUUAACGACGGCGAUUCACAGACGUCUCUUCUCCCGUUUUUUUCUGAGGGAGGGGGGACGUCUGUACACAGGCUAAAAUUGAAAACCGAACACGGAAAUGAUAUUUUUUAUGGGGAGGGGUUUCUUCCGCAGCAGAGCUGCGGCUGUAUUGAUCAAGGACAAAGGACCAAAAACGCGCGUGCGAACUUUCCUUACUUCGUUCUCUCGUGAAUGCCAAAGGGCCGUUCUUCACGAUAUCACAGUUUAAAGCAGAAAAGGGUCUAUUUCACAGCUUCGAUCCUCACAGUGCAAGGGCUCGCUCACACACUACCCAAAAUCGUGACUUCUUUGAAUCUAUAAGCUUUAGUUUUUAAUCCGAUCUGUCAUCAAGUUCUCUGUCGCUCUGACAGACGAGUGACACUAUUAAUAACAAAAUCUAAAAGGAAUAAAAUCACGCUACACUCUUGCUUCAUAACACUUUCCCCCUGUUCAUCGCGAAUAGUGGUGAACAAUUUGGUUGUUCUAAUCAUAGUUGCAAUGUCUCUAAUAGAAAUGUUCAAAGAUCAGUGGUCAUCAUCAGUAAGUUCAGUAGCGUCUUUUAUCCUUGCACGUGCUGCCACAGCAACGUCUCUUGACGGCCUGAAGACAGGUGCUUCAGCGCUGAGGGUGGCUCUCGGCGUAGCUGUUGUCCUGUCACAGGACAGCUCCAUUGGAUAAAGGUGUUGGACAGGUCUCUCCAGAUAAGAUCUUCCCGCUCGUAGUUUAGCCCCGCUGACAACUCCGUCUCGUCCAGUAACCAGCUCUUUGACUAUUCCUAGCUUCCACAAUCCACGAUUCUUUUCUUUGCCGUUAAUGAUGACAACAUCUCCCUUAGCGAGAGCCACCUUACUUCCUUUGUGUUUUAAAUUGUGUUGCUCACGCAAGCCUCUUAGGUAUUCUGAAGACCACCUCCCCCAUAAUACGUCUUAACAUUUCUUCAGGUACCGUGCACGCCUUCUCAGGUCUUGGUUCUCCAACUGAUGGCUCUGUGUUUCAAGCAAUAGAUUCGGGCGGCCAAACUGCAACAGGUUGGGGGUUAAUAUGGGUAAUUGAAUGUCCUCUUCAACGUAGCUCAGCGGGCGGUUAUUCAUGGUUACUUCAACGUCCAGAAAGACAUCCUGUAGCUCGCCCCAGGUAAGCAUACCGUUUCCCUCUGUCUUGUUAAAGGCUCGUUUGACAAGACCAACCAUCCUCUCAAAUUGACCUCCCCACCAGGGUGCUCUGGACAGGCUGAACUGCCACUUGACGUCGACUUUGGCUAAGAAGUUAUGCAGGGGCUCAUCUUUCAUAACGUUUCUUAGCCACUUCGCUGCUGCCACGAACGUUUUACCGUUAUCGGAAUAGAUUUUCUCUGGACGGCCCUUUCUGGCGAUCAGGCACUUAAGGGUGCUGAUGAACUCGUUAGUCUCCAAGGUCUUGGUAAGCUCUAGGUAAAGUGCUCGUGUCAGGCUACAGGCGUACAGGACAAUAUAGGCUUUCCCUUCUCAUGUUUUGGCUUGUGCGGUACUUGAUGGGACCGUCGUAGUCAACACCAACAACUUGAAAGGGUGAAUUUCCUUCAGUGCGGUCACGAAGUAAAUUUCCUUGAGGUGGAUUGGCGAACGCAGUGAUCUGAAACCGUUUGCAUCCGUAACAUUGCUUGAUUACUCGUUUAACAAGCUUGAGCAAUCUUGGUAUCCAAUGAGAGUCUCGCACUUUGGCCAUGGUUAGUCCUACUCCCCCGUGAAGAGUAAUCUCAUGAGCGUGUUGUACCAACUUCAGAGUGUAGAGAGCACUGUCAGGAAGAUAGACUAGAUAGUUUCCUUGCAUUCUUCCACGGCACUUGACAACCUCCUUUCGGUUUAGCUGCAGGUUAAGUCUUAACUGGUCUUCCUGGAAUUGAUCAGAUCCCUCCCACUGUUUUUGAGUCUUGUUCUCCCAGAAUAACCUCUGCUUGUUAAUUUCCUCGGUAGUCAAUGGACCUUUGAUUCUCUGAUUUCUUGGGGAUUUGCUGUUGCGCAGGAAUCGUGAGACCCACGCCCCCACUCUCAAUGUGCGCCAAAGGGAUGAUCUUAGUAACAGUUCGUCCAUAACAUCGUUGCCUUCUACUGCUAAGGCAAAACUCUGCUUGGAGGCUUUCGCUUCUGCGUUAGAUUCUGGGCUUGCAACCGUUAUGAUGUCCGGCGGCCAUCUGUCUUGCUCCUUCAACCAUGUCGGACCAUUCCACCAGAACGAGUUAUCUUUCUUUACUAGUCCUCCUCUACUUGCUAAGUCUGAAGGAUUUUCUUGGCUUGGUACAUGCCUCCAUGUGAUUUCAGUUUUCUCUCUGAUUUUGCGGACGCGGUUGCUGACAAACUGCUUGUAUUCCCCAGAGCCCCUUAUCUAGUGUAGGGCGACACUACUGUCUAGCCAUGCGUACAAGGACUUAACUGGAAACCCGAUCAGCGCAUCUCGUACAUUAGUUAGCAAGUUAGCCGCCAUAUGACCAGCCACUAACUCAAGUCUAGGGAUAGUAAGACCUUCUUUGGCGAGACGUGCCUUCGCUGCGACGAGUCCCUGCCUCACCACUGAAUGUUGCUGGACCACUGCAUAAACAACUGCUGCUAAUCCCUGUCCACUUGCAUCGCCAAAGGCAUGAAGAGUAAUUUCACGGAUUUCUUCUCCGGCUACAGCUAAGGACCUGGGCACCUCAACUUGAUCAGACAAGUUGUUUUCCCACUUGCUCCACUUCUUUGCGAUUUGUAAUGGAAUAUCUGCGUCCCACGCGAUCUUUUCCUUUCAUAUAUCGCCAUAAACAAUCUUUCCUUGUAGGGUUACAGGCGCAGCAAGACAGAUGGGGUCGUAGAUCUUCGCAAUUUUGCAAAGAACACCUCUUUUGGUAGGGUCAGCAAUCUUUGUAGGGAAGGUUAUUCUUUAUUCCAUCGCAAUCCCAGAAGGCCACACGCGCCUGGUUUCUCUCCUAGCUGUUCUUUAGCGUAAGUAAGCCCAACUUCACUGUCAGUUGCUUCGGUUAAUUCUAGCUCUCUAGCGUUUGAGCUCCAUUUGUGUAAAGUGAAGGUGGCCUCUGCAAAUAUAAUCUGUUGCAGUCUUCUUAACUUGUCGCGCCUUUUCAACUGUAGGACGGCCUGUCAGUAAGUCAUCCACCUACAAGCCCCUCUCAAUCUCUGGUACUGUCUCAGGAUAAUCCGGCUAACAAAUUUCCAGGUGAUGCUGAAUGACGCCCCCAAGAAUAAAGGGUGAUGGGCCCGGACCAAAGAAGGCACGCGUAAAACGCAGCGUACGUACUUUCUCGGGAUUCGCUCUGUCAAUCCAAUGAAAUCUCAAGGCGUCUCUGUCUUCUUCACGGAUGCGCACUUGAAGGAACGCCUUUCUAAUGUCUCCUGCUAUUGCUACUGCAUGAAAUCUUCCACGGACCAGCACUCUCUAAAUCUGGUUUUGAAAGGGCUGUCCUGUCUCUUGGCUCUGGCAGAGGCAUCGUAAACAAUACGCAUCUUCGUGGUUGCUGCAUUCUCUCGAAUGACAGCCUUAUGGGGAAUGUAAAAUUCUUUUCCUUUAGCGGGCAUUACUGCUUCCUCUACAACCCCCUCUUCAAGCUGCUCACGGAUUAUGGUAUCAUGCUCUUCUAACCUGCCGUUUCGUUUAAGUCGAUGUAAAAGGGUUGCAAGGCGUUUGAGGCUACCCAACUUAUUGUCUGGCAAGGGGGUAUGGUUUCCCUUCCAUGGGAGAGCUGUUUCGUACCACCCCUCUGGACUGCGUUUCAGUUGUUGAAGGAACUCGUGGUGCACGACUCUCUGGUCACCAAUGGGCGUGUCUUCCAACACAAGGACAUCCAAGCGGCACAAUUCUUCAUAGUCGGCGACUGAUGUCUGUGUGAGGAACAUGUUUUCAAUGUCCACUUCAGCACCAGAAGACAUUAUUGUCCAGUCGAAGCUGGUUUGUUCAGCAAUGGGCUCUCCAAUUUCUCCCACACGUUGAUAACCCGCCAUCUUGAUUUUUGUGUACUCAUUAGCCCCAAGUAUAACAUGGAUGGGGAGAAUUUUCUUAGUGUCAGUUUCUUCCAUUUGGACUCCCUUAAGAUGUCAAUAACGUUUGAGGAUUUCUGGAUAGUUAGGGUUCUCUAGCGAUAAAAGUUCACGUUGUUCAAUCUCCGUAGCGCAGACUGGUAGCGUAAACCUUCCUUGAGUGUCACUGAUCUUAACAUCGUAAGUCUCAAUGCGCUUGAUAACCAGGCCCAUGAUCGCCUUGAUACCGCGCGUAAGGGUCCGAGCGGGUUUAACUCUCAAAAGAUCCACCAACAAAGCUGAAAUGUAGGUUCCAGUAGCGCCAGUAUCGAGCAAUGCGCGGCAUUUGACUCCGUUAAACGUUAACUUGAACAGCGACGACUGGAUGGCAAACUUUCUCCCCCACGUGUGCGGCUGUCAUUGCUGCCCCCUCACUUCAUAGUUGACUAUUUCGGUCGCAUAUUGAGGUGUGGUGCCUCUGCUUGUAAUUCGCGCAGUUUCCUCUGCUCCGACAGUUGGUUGCUCUAUGCGGCCCAGUGCAAUUGAAGCACAGCCUUUUCUCCUGCAGAUAUUUCCUACGAUCUUCAACACUAGUAAUGGCGGUACAAUCUUUCGCUUUGUGCGAUACUUCACGGCAGUAAACACAACCACGUGUCGCAUUUCCGUUGCGUUCCUCCACAUGAAAACUUCUUAACGUAUCGCGUGACUUCACAUUUUUUCGGGGAUGGACUUUCUUCCAUUCUAGAAGCGCGUUAACCAAUUUCGUGAAAUUCCACGACUGCCAUUCUGGGUGACCCUGUACUAAUUCAGCUUUAAUUCCAGGCAAUUUAUUCAAAAUACUACGCACCAGCGCCACGCAUUCGGAGGUUUUUCCUAAUGGUUCGAGCGACUGAACAUUGUAGAGCAAAGCUUCAUAGAAGUCGUGUUCUUUGGCCGGUUGAGUUCCGGAAAUGAAUGGAAGCGCAAGAAUGUUUUCAAUAUAUGCGUUUGCGAUCUCGCUCAUCUUCCCAUAAUUACUCUUCACAAGAGAGGAUAAAGGGGACAGAGAAGGCAUCCCCCAUACACACCCUAUUCCAUAGGUAAUUGGCCUCGAGUUAUUUUUAAGACCACAGAUCCCAAGGGGGAUUGGACAACAGCCAAUCACAUAGCGCGAAUGUGUUCCACGUGGAUGACCCACGCUCAGAGCCACGCGUCCUUCACGAAUUGACGCAGAACAAAAUGGCGGAAGACGCGGAGAGCGAUAUUGCUAUUCGUUUUGUCGACGAAAACGACUACAGAGAGAUUUCUGCUAAAGCUGUGUUAGCGAAACAGAAAUUAAAAAAGAAUCGCCCUUCCUCUCUUGUAUAGAGCUAUUAAACAGUACAGCAGGGAAAUCCUUAACACACUGAAUAUUCUCUCAGGAUCAUUUAUAAUUUACAGUUUGAAGAGAGCAAUUUCUGGUUUGAUAUUUAUUCUUUUAUUAGUCUUUUAUUAUUCAACAAAAAUAACACUUGGCGUCCUACUUGCUUUAUUGUACAAACGACCGGUUUCAAUAGACCGGCGAAAUUUCUCAUUUUAUUAAUUAAAAGCACUGAGGUUAUGACAACUUCCAGUUAAACUGAUUUCACGGGUUGUCAAAGAGUCUAGCGAUUCCCUUUUCCCAGGUGAGCGCCGACUCAUUUCGCUUCAAUAUUCAGGAAUGCUCUCGAUCUCUUUACAAUUUCAUUGCCUCUCGCCCGACAUGUUUUGCACGGCGUUAAGUCAUGCGAAACCUCCACGAAACAUCCACGCAGGGCGCGAGGUAACUUUACCCCGAUUCUAAAAAUAACUCGAGACGAAUUGCCUAUGGAAUAGGGUGUGCAUGGGGGAUGCCUUCUUUGUCCCCUUUAUCCUCUCUUGCUCUUCAAAAUGCUUUUUGCGCGCUCAUAUCCUUCUGUAGUGAAGGGAAGGCCAUCUAUUCCUUUACGAACGCGUGGCUCUACUAGCUCCUUGAGAUAGGCAAAUUUCGUGACUGCUGGUAAAUCGGUGCUAUCAAUUUCUGCUUCAAAUUUGUUCCAUAACGACAACCAAUUUUCAAGAGCCCCAUUGUAUUUGGUAAUCACGAGCUUUGGUAAUUUCACGCUUUGUUUAUGCGGCAAAUCUGGCGUUGAGUUUUGGGCCUUAGAGAAUUCUGCCUUUUGUUCCAGCUGAUGUCGCUCAAACUUUAGCUGCUCCUCACGUUCUCGAGCUAAAUGGUAUUCCCUGGUUUCCCGUUCUUCGUUUUCAGAACGAGUGACUAUUUCUUUGAGACAAGCCUCUAAGAAUUUGAUGUCGUUGUCCACAAUGUCAAUCUUACCUUCGGUCUCCUCUCCCCACUCUUUUACUUCGUCCACAGUUUCUCCCUUUUCCAGUUUUUCUUGCUAUAUAUCCCUCUUUAACUCCUCAACACCAGCUACUAUAGUCUACAAGGCUUCUUUGUGUCGACGAAUCUUUUCCAAGUUAUCGCUAAGAGCAACAUCCUUAGUUUUUUCUUUGGUUAGUUCAAGUAACUGUAGCUUUGCGCUAAGCUUGGCCUCCAUCUUCUGUAUAUAUUUUCUCAGCGUCCCGUCGGAGGUGCCACUUUGCAGUGAAUGCCAUAGGGCCUUUCUUCACGAUAUCACAGUUUAAAGCAAAAAAGGGUUUAUUUCACAGCUUCGAUCCUCACAGUUCAAUGGCUCGCUCACACACUACCCGAAAUCGUACGUUCUUUGAAUCUAUAAGCUUUAGUUUUUAAUCCGAUCUGUCAUCAAGUUCUCUGUCGCUCUGACAGACGAGUGAAACUAUUAAUAACAAAAUCUAAUAUAUAGAUUUAGCCAGGGCUAAAAGCGAAGCUCCCGUUAAUAAAUUCAUAAUUUAAAUCAAACAAUAAACUUGUAAUCCACAGAUCAGGGCACAUUCAUUUGACGUUUGAGGCAAAGGCUAAGUGAUUUUAGAGAAAAAUAAUUUGACAGUCCAAGAGUGAAACAGCUUUUACAUCGAGUUAUUAAAUAGUCUUAUUUGUACACCCAAAAAUAGCAAUCAUGUUCGAUCACAGUAGAUUAGGCCUGGAAAACAAAUAGACCUACCUAUUCGUGUAUUGUAUUUGCAUUAGCUGUUGCAUCAUAAUGUGGCAUUCACCACUCUCUCCAAUAUUGCUCCGUUUGAGAGGCUAUGGAUAAUUGGACAACCCCGAAAUAUAAUUUUAAGAAACACUCCUCUGUCUAAAAGAGAGGCCAAAAUAAAAAAUCAGGCCGGAUUUUUUGUGUUCGACAAGUUUAGUUUACUACUGUAGUAAAUCUUGGCGACGAAUCUGGUGGCGUGUAAACCAGCCUUUUAAACAUACGUUUUCUCAUCACGUCUCAGGUAAAAAGUACUAUGAGGCCCUUGUUUUUAUCAUACAGACCUCGGACAGAAUUUGUUCUUUUCUGCCCUAUUUAAACCUAUAAUUCUGCAGUUUUUCACAAUUUUGCAAGAGAAUUUGCACUCAUUCAAUAUCCACGACGAUCAAAGAGCGCGCUUCCUUUGCACAACAAAUUAUAGCAUUGAAUUAUAAAACGUUUUCAUGAAGAGAAUUCUAUAAUGCCAGGACUUUCAGUUAGAAAAAUCUGGUCCUAUGUGAUAUAUAGGGUAAUAUGGGCUUUUAAUGAAAACGAUAAAAAAAUGCCCCAAAUCACUUUUCGACCAGCCGGACAGGACUCACUUUUGACAGGCACCAAAUUUGCAGUGCGAUUAAUAGAGUUACCAUUUACGCUUCAACAUGAUAGAUAAAUUGUAUGUUUAGGUUUUAUUUCCCUUUAUUUAUUAAACUGCGUACGGUUUUGUUAUGUGUAAUCUUUAAAAGCGAGUGAUAUUUACGCGCGGCGUUUUGAGUAUCCCUGCAUGAGAUGUUUAUGUUCGACUGGAUACAACCGGUGCAGCGAUAAAAAUUGCGACAGGGACUACUAACAAUCAAUAAAAUAAAUAUAAUUCGGUGAAACAUGUACAGAGACAAUAAUUUUCAUUCACGAAGAGAAGUAUUGAGAGUAAAGUGUCUUUGAAAAUCAUGAGUCAGGUAAGCAUAAGCUUAUUUAUGUUUUAAGCCGGCUUCCCAGUGUUUGCUCUUUUUCAAGAUGAACUCGAGGCCAGAACAUCGCUCAGAGCUUUCUGUUUACAGCCAAAAUCAUACAAGUAAAUAAUCUUCGGAACAUUUUCUUUGAAUUUGCGGUCAAAAAAUGUCUAAAGGCUUUUUAAACCUGAUACUAUUGUAGGUUAGAUCAUUGCUCGUAUAUAAACUUAAGCCGCAUAAACCAUACGCUCGACUUCAGGAAACCGAAAAAAAAAAAAACACAUCAAAGACAACAAUUUCUCAGGCUUACCAGUCGAGAUGCUGCUUCUGAAGGUCAUCAAGUGUUCCAGAAUUUUCAACCCUCUUACGCCUCAAGCAAGGGCAAGUGAGUAAGCUCAUUUUUGAAAACGAUGCCAUCCGAAAUCGGAUUUCCAAUGACUUCGACAAGCGGUGCAUUUGUCAACAAAAAGCGCAAUAAACAAACCAGCCAUGAAUUACAGAACAAUCUUGAUAGCAGCUGUGUUUCAUUUUGUACACCAAGUAGAAAAAGCCAGUUUCAAACAUCACAAGAUGACACAAAACUCUGUCAGCUCCAGCUAUCAGUAAGCAAGUUUCCAGACGCUGCAUAAAUUUUCCGCAUGAACUCACCUGUCAAAUUUUGACCAAUCAGAACAUAAAAAUUGGACGUAGAGCGUGAUCAACGCGUGACAGUGAGAAAAUAGAGAAUACUUCAUGGAAAGUGCUGGCGUACGGUAUUUACGCACGAGUUGUUGACGUAUCAGAAAUCGAACGAGUGAGCGCAGCGAACGAGUAAGAUUUCUGAUACAAAAACAACGAGUGCGUAAAUACCGUACAAAGCACUUUCCAUGUGGUAUUGUGUUUAUUAUAUACAUACUGAGUCAUUCAUCAUUUUGCGGGCCUUUUUAUUUUAAAUCUUUCAAAAAUGCUAAAAUUUGCCGCUACACACUUACCGCAAAAUGACAACGAAAACGAAGUAUCAGCUUUUUAGUAAAAACGUUUGUUAAAAACAUAAAUGACGGUGAGGAUAUGAGGUUUAAUCCAAGAACUAUAAGUAAUCUUAACUGUUUGUUCUCAAUGCACAAUUGAAAAUGAGUGAAUUUAAGUAAAAUGGCCGGUUUCAAUAUAAGCUUAAGCUUAAAUGAAAGGCAAAAGUAGCUCCGACAAAAAGCACAACAAAAGCUUACGUCUCGUUCUGUUUAUCCCUUUCCGCUGUUGUUUCGCCGGCUCUCUACCGUAUUUUUUUAUCGACAGUGAAACAAACGAAACUAUUCCACUCCAUUUCCGAAAUGUUUUUCACUUUUUUAGCGAGAAAAACUCCUUGAGUAAAACUUUUCUCGUUGAUAAAUGUGUGCGAAGCGGCGCUGCAAGCUGCAAUAAAACGCGGGAAUUUUGGCGCGAAACUCCCACACCUCUGUGGCUUCUGAUUGGACGUAUCAUUUUUCUCACACGUGAAAAAACAUCGUUCGCGAUUCUGAUUGGACGUAUCGUUUUUUUCACGUGUGAAAACCAUCGUUCGCUCCUCUGAUUGGCUAUAACUAAUUUGCGUACGAAAAUUUACGACAUAGCUUUUUGGUGAGUAUUUCUCAGUAUGUAUAUAAUAAAGUCAAAAGUGAUUGCCUUCCGCGCAUGUAAAUGUAAAAGCCGGUUGAAUUUUCGCGUCCGAGGUCAGUUCGAAAUCAACAUUUUAAAAGUGCGGCUCAUGAACUCGACUUAUUUCAUAUAUUUUUUUAAAAAAAUUUGAACUUGAGCCUGCGAUAAUUGAAAAGUAGCAACCUGUCAGCGGAUACGUUAAAAAAACACUCGAACUCAGUGGGUCGAUACCUGAACCCGCGAUAGGGUCUGGCGAUACUGGUCAGCAGAAACAUUAUUUUGACAGCUGUCAAUUAAUCAAAAUAUGGAUGUACAAUAUCAGGUUGCAGGCUCCCAAACUAGCUAGAAAGUGUGAGAUUAAACAUUGGUAUACCUGUGGUGCUGACGGACGGAAGGUCGGGUGGUCGGUGUACGGUCACGUGAUUGCCGAAUUUUCUAAGAUGGAUCGAUUUUCUAAGCUAUGGGACUUCGAACUGAGCCCGUGAUCAAAUACAAUAUCAGCGCAAAACUUUAAACACUACGUGACCUCAAUGGAUAGACUAAUGAGCCCGCGAUACACUCAGGUGAUGAUGGUCAGCGUAUACUCUAGUUUGACAGCUGUCAAUUAAUCUUCAUUAGAAUGGCGAAUAUUCGAAUUAACAGACUACGAGUGUGAGUAAGACAUAUACGUCCGGCAUGUAGUGGAAAAUGCCAGAUCGCAUACCUGAGCGAACCUGAGCCCACCUUAUUAGUUUUCUACUAGUGGUCUGCACAUGUCCCAUUUUGACAGCUGUCAAUUGACCUUAAUUUGGCUUGCCAAUAUAUCUUUAAACGACUGUCAGCCAACUGACAGCCUUGCCCGUCGUAGUUUGGUUUUUAUGUUGAAUUGGUAAGUGUGACAUAUUAUAUCCGCUUAUAUGUAGGGGCAAAACGACUGGUCUUUCAUCUGAGCCCGCGAGAUAGUCAUGUGAUAAUUGUCAGCGGAUGCCUAAUUUUGACAGCUGUCAAUCUAAUCGUACUCAUACGGAUGGCUUACAUAACUAAGAGGCUAGUCAAGUUGUGCAAGAUCCUUUGUGACAUUUGACAUCCGCUUACAUGAAGCGUGUGUACGGGUGGGCGUACGCUACGUCAUAACCAAAUUUUCUCAGAUGGAUAGUUUACCAAAUUUUCUUACCCAUGGUGCUCCGCUCCGCGCGCGCUUCGCGCGCGCGAGGAGCUCCGCUAAAAGGAAUAAAAUCACGCCAUCUCACAAUCACGCUAUACUCUUGCUUCAUAACAGUUAUUAUCUAAUCAGAUACUUGGAACGACUUUAACACCCGGGAAGUGAUUUUAAGCAAUUGUUGCGCUACAUGGAGGGUACGUACUUAGCAUUAGAUUUGCGAGUUAUCAAGGUCAAACCAGGCCAAACUCGUGCAAAUUAAUCAGCGAGUAGUUAUAAUUGCACUUUAUUUAUUGGAGAAGAACAAACGUUUUUCCUAUUUGGCGAAAAAGAUGAUUGACCCUGUCAAUCAGGAGGAUAGAGUUUAGUUGUUGUAUUUUGUCAGAUCUUGAAAGCGUAGGCAGUUUAAAGUCUGGAGGGUAAAAAGUGUUAUCAUUGAGGCGGGCAAGAGAGCUACCCUCCCCCCCACCCCCCUUUUUCCUUGCCUACCAAUAAUCCCAGUUAACUCUAGUAAGUCUCAUAAAAACCAGGUAGACAGAGUCCUCUGACCAGAUUUUUAGCACUUACACGAGAAAUGUUCUUUGUAGAAUCUGAAUAUUUCAAGCCAGUUACUAGGAACAGACGCGUAGCCGAUGCAUUGAAAAACACCACAAGAGCUAGAAACACAGUAGACAUGGAAACGGUUCUGAAAAUCAGCAAACUUUUUUCUGAGUUGAAACCUCAACUCUGUCAUUCAAAUGGCGUCACAUGUCCCCCAGGCCCUCCCGGUCUACCUGGACCAAAGGGAGACAAAGGAUCUCGGGGACGAAGAGGCCAGAAAGGACAAACAGGAAACAGAGGAGAUCAAGGCAUUGUGGGAUCGCCUGGAAUGAGCGGAAAGCAAGGCAUCAUGGGACCUGUAGGUCCGAAGGGUGAUGUUGGACUCAAGGGACAAAAAGGAGACAUGGGACCUGCAGGGAUGCCGGGAGCUAAAGGAGAACCUGGUGAAUCGAUUUCAGCUCCUGUUGUUACUGUGUUCCCUAAAACACUGACAGUUAACGAAGGUGGAUCAGCCUCGUUUCAGUGUUCAGUGAGUGGUAAUCCUAAACCUGCAAUCAAUUGGAGUAAACAGAACAGUCAGUCACAAAUAAGCCGAUCAAUGGCUUCAGAAGGAAAGUUGCUUCUUUCGAAUGUUCGAGGAAGUGAUGCGGGUACAUAUAACUGUUCAGCGGUCAACAUUUUAGGACAAGCGCAGGCACUGGUACAGCUGAUAGUAAAUGGUAAGACCUUUAUGAAAUAAACAAAAGAAUAAAUAGUAAGAAACCAGUUUAGAAGACUCUGCUGUCCUUACAUUUCCCUUCGGAUAAAGUUUUUCAAAACAUAGUAAAAAAAAAGGUUGCAAAACUGAAUAUCACGAUAUUAUUAUGUUGUUGUUGUUUUUUUUCUUCAGAAUUAUUUAAUAUGCCUUUCUCAUGGCUUAGUCAGCUCUAUCGUAAUAUCUAGCCUUAAAAUCCUAGAAUCCUCUGAUCAAUAAAACGAAUUGAAAGCAAAUCAGUCAAAAUAUUUUAUCUGUUUCAGUUCACCCUCGAGUUUCCCUUCAUCCCGGACCUCAUCACGCUAUUGAAGGAAGUAAUUAUACUCUCCCAUCCUGUCAUGUGACAGGGUAUCCUGCACCAGUGGUCUCAUGGAGAAAGUCGUCCGGUCCAUUACCCCAGGGAAGGGUGAAGUACAACAACAGUGCAUUACAAAUACUUCAUGUUCGUAAAGGUGACUCUGACUUCUACUUUUGUGCGGCAUCAAACCUGUUGGGACGCGUUGAAAAGAACAUACUCUUAGUUGUUGUCUCUCCUCCUCGGUUCACUGUUAAACCACCCGCUAAAGUUCUUGCAGUGGUCGGAGGAACUUUGAAGUUAAAGUGCAGCGCUACUGGUGAUCCUCGACCAGUCAUCAGCUGGAAAAAACAAGGAGACCAACUUCCCCUUGGGCGGAGUCAACAGAUUAAUGGCGACUUGGUGAUAACAGACAUAUCAAGGAGCGAUAGCGGAAAUUACAUUUGUAUGGCAGCGAAUGCAGGAGUAUUUAAGGCUGAGACCGUCACGUACACUGAAGUUGUUAAAGGUGCGAUUUUAUAAAGACAUUUAGAUAUAAACAUUUUAGAAGAGAAGUAAACGUAAAUUUAAUCCAACUGUGCGUUCUGCCCUUAAAGUGGCAGAGGGAAGAGCAACGUACCUUUUUCUUUCAGAGGUAUUUGGACAUAUUUUGGGGACGUUUAGGGAGACAGAUGAUUGCUAUGAUUACCAGAUAAACGGUUUUACAUGAAGUCAGUGAGUUCACGAUCAAGUGAUUUUCAGAGCGAAUGUGCGAUUUGUUCUCAUAAAGUUCUGAAGCCGUUCAAAUUAACGGUUUUUCUGAUUUUACGCUUGAUAAUUAAAGUACUCCUGCUCUUUUUAGUAAUAUAGAUAAUUGUCAUAGCAUCUGUUUUGUUUUGUUUUAUCUUUUGAAGAACGGGUCUCCUCAUCCACUAUUCUUGGCGGCCUUGACAGCAAGUACCUCAUUAAGCUGAGUUCAUAUUUAGACCCAGUCGUUCAGGGUCCAGGCCACAGCAAGUUUGUGAGGUGUUGGCACGCUAAGACAGAUGGUUGGGCGGCAUCAACAUUCCACAGCAACUGUGAUGGAAAGGGUCCCACUAUAACCAUCGUCCAAGUCGGUAGUUACAUAUUUGGUGGAUACACUGACAAGUCUUGGGGUGGUAUGUACCAUUUCAUAAACGCCUUAAUCGCACACAGAUGUUCACGUUUUCUUGUGGACGGGGACGAAAACGAUUCUAAUACGCUUCGCGUAGGCGCUUAUCUUUUGUGCAAAAACGGCGAUAAAUUUCUCCAUUUUCCAAAAACAUCCCGAUACGUGUGGACUGGUCGUAAAACCAGCGUAUGCGUUGCAGAGAACGCUGUUUAUUUGUGAACGGAAGUCAGAAUUCGGACCAAAAAAAACCUAAAUUAUAUCCGGAUACGUGUGGAUAAGUCCUCUUUAAUAAGCAUAUUAGCAACAGACAACGUUGGCAUAAAGAGAUGGUUAAAAAUACAACAACAAUAACUAGACCGCAUGGGCUGUUUUAUUUCGAUUUUUUUUCUCUCUGCAGUAUUCUGUUUGUCUCUUAAAAUGUUGUGAUAAACGGUUUGAAAGUAUUGAAAUACUUUCACACCAAACAAUUGGUAAAAAGUUGUAAUUUUGAUCUCCGUGACAGACUGUUCUAAUGGAUCUAAAUUAAAUAACUAACUUGUUGGGUAAAUAAAUACCAAAGCGAACAUACUUGAAAUUUCAUUUUUUCUACAAGAGUUUACUAGCAGCUGUAUAAUGUAUAUAUAGGACAGUGCUUUUUGAAAACUUCACUGAUUUUUGGUGAGGACUGGUGUGUUGCCUGGCUUUGUUAAACGUUAUAGCAUAUUCUGUCAGAAAGGUUUUAAGUUGAAAAACAUUCAGCUUCGAACACAGAUAUUUAUAGCUGUCAUUGUCGUCCUUGCUACUGGAAGUGUUUUGAAUAAUUUAAAUUAAUAUCUGAAAAAUGUUUUCCCACAGGUUCUUGUAGUUAUGUCUAUUCAAGUAAAUCGUUCCUGUUCUCGUUAUAUAACAUCAAUGGCUACGCUCCUGUUAAGGUAAACAUCAAGUCAAGUCGUUACCGUCACGCUAUUUACACAUGUUCUGAUAGGGGACCAUCCUUUGGUGACGGACACGACCUUCACAUACACAACAACGCUGCAAGCAACCGCUAUUCCAUUACAUACUGUGGCGUUUCCUACCCCCUUCCCCCUGGGUACUCUGAAUCUCGUUCUUACUGUCGAUUUUAUGCUGGUGGAUCCAGCUACCAAUUCACUCCCACUGAUGUUGAAGUGUUUUACGAGACGUCGACAACACCUUAAACCCUGUAAAGGUGGAUCAUGUCUGCCAAUCCAAGCAGUAGGAAUACAUAUAUGGACGCGGUUUCGUAGACUACCAAAGGAAAGUGUUUUAAUGGAAGUUUUCGUUUCAAUUAAGUAACAAAAAAUUCUUUUAAUAAAUACUUUUAAGAAAAUUGUUUUAAGAUCAAUUCGGAGAUCGAUCAGGAGCCAGUGAAGAUUCACAAGAAGCUGCCGGGCGGUCCUGCGCAUGUUGGAGCUUUUAUCAUGUGCUUUUAGGCAAACCAUUAUAUAGCAACAAAUGACAGUAUUCAGGCUUUAGAAUGUUUAGCAUAUGGUUGCAAUUUUAGUCCACUGGGUUAUGCUAAAGCUGUCCAGAUGAAGGUUCUGGUCUAUUUAGAGCAAUUGUUUACUUGCCUCACUCAUAACGGGUACACAUAACUGGCCUUUGUUUGCUUUAUGCACAGUAGAUUCCCUGAACGUCAGCUUUUCAGUUUCCAAUAGUUUCGAGCACAUAACAUGAAAUGCUCUUAGAAGAUACAAUAAUUUCUACCUUAAUCCGAAGUCAUAAUCUACCUUUCCAUUAGAAAUUGACUUGGGAAUGGUGCAUAUGCAGAGAUCUAAAAAUAAAAUGAAAAUAUAAUGAAUCAAAUAAGUAAGGAUGGCAUUGCGCAAUCGGACCUUGACCAGUGUAAGGAGAGAUUUUCCAUGAAUUCUUUAUUUGCCUCAAAUUUCAUAUAUAGCUUUCAAAUAUUCGCUUUGACGUUGUUUUUAGUAAUCCAUACUGAAUUUGCAUAAAGAGGUUUUAGCUCCGCAGAAAGGGAUCGUGCCAUUUUUAUUAUCCUUUGUUUCAUUUGCUUUGUGUUCGCUAGGUAAUAAUCACAACAACAACAAAAAAAGCCAACAGUGUUCCUUCACAAACAAAACUAAUUGCUCAUUCUCUUUUCAAUUAUAUACAUUUUACGCCAAUGUUGACUCUUGAAAGAAUACUUUAUUUCUUAAUAAUGGUUUAUUUGACUUUAGUCUAUUCUUCGUGAUUUUAGUACCGGACGACAGUUAUUCAUAGAAACGCCUUUCGUGCAGGUGCAUCUCGUUUUAACUGCAACUUAGUUAUAUUUAUUUGCGAAAAUAUAUUUCAUUAAGUUGUUAGUUAAGGAGAGGUGAUAACCGAAUUUUGAAUAUGAAAGGUUUUGCUGUCUUGUAAUUUUAAAAAUAGACCGGUUUUUGUUUAAGGUGAAAACUUCCAAUUAGUCUGCGCUUUUCCUGUUUUUAAACAAUCGACAGCUGAACUUGCAAUUUAAUUCAUAUUGUAACACUUUGUACGUAAACGCUGUUUUGCUGACCUGGCUAGGUCUUUGUCUCAGUACUUUUACUUUCUAAAAUAGCAACAGUAA